UUAAUCGUACAGGUGAAUUUUAAGCUCCACCGCUUAGCAAGGAGGAAAGGAUCUGGUGAAGAAGAUUUUACCAAGUUAGCGAACUCAGUGGGCGAGUUUACCAGUUGUUUACUUGACCCUUUGAAGACCAACACAGAGGCGCGUCACGCUUUUGGGGAUUCUUUGGAUUAUCUUUUAGAAGCGGGCAUUGAAAUGAAGCAAAAGAAGGUGAUUUAAUUUUCUUAUCUCUAUAACUUAGUAUUUAAAUGUAAAUGGCAGUGAAGGGCUAUCACGGAAACUGCGAAUGCUUUUUUGAGAUAAUUCUGGAGUAGAAUAGUUUUCCAAGUCAACUUGCACUUUUUUAUUGCAGUUUUUCACUCAUCCAGUAAUGAACAACUUGAUGACGAAAAAGUGGUUCGGGACAUUUGGUAAACUGAAGAGAUCUUCCUGGCUGGAGGUUGAACGGUGGAAAUGGCUUUUUCUCAACAUUUGGUGUUUAUUUGACAUUUUCAUGUUCCCAUUCUUGUUUACUAUCUUUUAUAUCAAGCAUUGCUUUAACAAAGCUACACGUCGAAGCAAAGGUAAACAAGACAUUCACUUGUUAAGAACGAUCAGGAAAGUUAAUCGUGGAUGUUGACGGCUUGAUUAAAUAGUGAUCAAUAAUGAUAAAUACUAGUAAUGAUAAAAAGCAAGAAGCAAACAAACAACUCUGAGCCUCUUGUAGACCAAACAAGAGAGCAGCGUUGUAACUCAAGUUCGUAAAUGCUUAAACUGGGUUGGUUGCCCACUAGGGAGCAACGGGACUGGCACCUGCAUUGUACUUAAAGCAGCCCAAAAGGCUUUGUACCAUCAACAGUAGCCAAGAAAUGAGAAACUGUUAGUCAAUAUAGAACGCUACGCUUUAGUGAGACAAUAAACCUUGUAAUACCACUGGUAUCGAGUACCUUUCAGGACAGUGAAUCCAAACUGUUUCAAUUCCCUUCCUGCUCCAAUUAAAUCUUGCAUCAAUUUUGGGUCUUUCUCCUAACAGACCGUCAAUAUUCUAAAAGAGCGAAGUAACAAGGUAGUAAUGUAAUAGAUUCAAAUACAGUUUUCAAACAGACAAACCUGUCAUGCGAUUUGUUGAGGCAAUAAUAAUUUCAUCUGAAGAAUUAAACAAGUUCAACACCAUUCCAUGACAAUCCAUCCGGUGUAAUUUUGUACAUUUGACUGCAAGACAGGAAAAGGUAUAAAAGUAAGCCUGGGACCACUCGGCUCUAGCCCGAGUUUUACUGAGUAAUAACUUUCCAAAAAGGGAUUAAGAAUGUCGCAUUUAUACAUUUAUGGAGGAACCUGUCUUCGGUACAUUUUUACAAAAGUAUUGUUCUUUCGACAGAGAUGGACCUUGCCUUUAUUAUAAACGCAACCUCAGAUGUCGCAAAUGUUGCCUUUGAAUUGAUGAAAGGUACCAUAUAUAACUUGCUGCACAAGUACAAGAAUAACCAUCAAGUGAAGUUCCAGAUCUUAAUUCACGGAAAAGAUGACUCUCUGAGGGAGAUUUGUUUGAAAGAUGGGGAGACUGACAUAGAAUUAAAAAGAGAUACCAAGGUUAACACUCCUGGUCUUCAUGAAGAUCUGAAGAAAGUAACACAGACAUCUAGUCAGUUUGUUCGAAAAAACUCAGAAAAGGUGGGUGUUAAUAAUAUAGAAAAAGCGUGGUUCCUUUAGAGUUUUGGUUGACAAGUUGAAUUCACUGGAGAUGCAUGAGCGAACGUUGCUCAUAUUACUUGAUGAAGCCAAGUCUGAUAUUUCGACUUAAGCAGAAGGAGAUCAAGAGGUCACCAGUAAAUUCUUCAGUUGACUAAUUUCUCCCCCUUUGCCACUUGUCAUUUUAAGCAGCUCUCUACAAGGCAUAUCCCAAAAUAAUGUGCUUUAAUGCUUAAAAGAUUGCUGGAUAUGCCCAAAUUCCUUUUGUGUCUUUAUGAACUUUUUACUGAAACAGGUAACCCUUCGGAGUGGGCAAGAUGGGCUCAAUUUUGCCUGCUCGCGGGGCUAGUCAUAUAAUAAAACCACUUUCAAUUCGUUAAAAUUUUAGCCUCCCUUGCAGCUAUUUUUGUAACGUCACGCAACGUUCCUCCCCAAUAUAGAGGAGAGGAUCUGGACUUAGUCAGCAGCGUCCAACGUCUACAGCUAACCUGAGCCUGGAAAUACUAAUUUAUUGUUUCCAACAUCGAUCUAGGUUCUGGUUUUCCUUACAGACCAUAAAGUUUGUUUAAGGCAUAAACAAGAACACGAUGAAAAAGAAAUUGAGAAAGUCAAAAAAGAGGGAUUUAAGAUAGUGCCAGUGGGCAUCGGUCCGCAUAUUGACAUCCGGGAAUUAGAGAGGAUCAACAAUGACAGGAGUAAGGUCAAGCGCUUUGGAGAAUACGCAAAUCCGGAAAUUGUAGGGAAAAAUAUUUUGCAAGGUAUGUUGUUAUUUGGGAUAAUCAAACAUCGAAUACUUCUUGGCGCAGAAUGGGGAAAUAUUGAGUAAGGUUUUUUUUGUAGACUGGUGAAGUGUAGAAGUUACUUGUGGUAUUUUUGCUUCCUUAUAAUGUCCAGCUGUCGUGUGAAACUAUCUUGGUGGACACCAUGGGCGCUUUCCAUUUAGGAAAAAAACCCGGAAAUUUCGGUGGUAGCAAAAGUGGAAUUUCCGAUUGGUAAAAAGUUGUUCCAUUUGGUCGUAAACCCUGGUACGUGGCGGUGCCCGACCGUGGACCUGGAACUGGUACAAACUACGAGAAACGUAAAUGGAACACGACAUUCCGUUCGGAAAUUCCAACCGGGAAAACGGGACCACCUUUUAAGAUUUUCCACUUUUUCUGGGAAUUUUCCAGUGGGACGAACCGACGAAACAUGUUCCAUUUACCGCUGAACCGGAAAUUCCGGAAAUUUUGACUAAAUGGAAAGCGCCCCAUGUCACCUGUUCGGUAAAUCCUAAAAACGAUCUCCAUAUCUAAUGAGUGUUUAGUCGUUUUGAAGUUACCUAGACAUGUCCUUUCCUAAUUUGAACCUCGCUGAUCACAUUGAAUUGAUUUAUCCUUUUCGUUGAAUGAAAUAUAAAUAAAAAUUCGCAAAUGGGUGUCUUAGAGUCAGCGACUAAUGGGCAUUCGUUACGUUUUUUUGUAUUUGAUUUUCAGUUAUUCUGGUAUACGUUAGCCAAUAAAAAUGACCGAAACUUUCCUAAAACCAAGAUCACACUGUUUAUGAAAAAAUUACUUUGUAGUGUACUACAGCGUUUAUCGGAAACUGAUGCAACUCUGCAGCCUUUUGAAGUCCCCGAGAUUUUCAUCCUUAAAUUUAAUUAUUAAGAGGCUGUCCGCGUAAGAACCGAUAAGGCAAAUUUCGGUCUAUCACGGAUUGCCCUGAUUUUUUCAGUGGAAGAUGACUAUCCUAUCCCAUGAAGAAAUAUCACAUUUAUUUGGACCAACUCAAUUUUUUCUCUAUUUUACAGGAAGAUUUUCUCGGUCACCUAAAACUAGUCAGUUUGCCGUCGGAAGUAGUGCGAUUUUGGUGAAACUUUAGGGCUCUGUCAAACCUACCUUACAUAGCCGAAUAAUCUGAUUAUUUUACACACAAAAGUUUUAACUCUCAUUAAUAGUUUCAAUGUUUAAUGGUUGGAUUCCGUGGAAAGUUGGCUGAGAUAUGAUUUUUUGAAAAUGACCUUUAAUUUGCUCAGCAGGAAAAGUAAUUUGCAUAACUAGAGUUGAACGGUAAUUUCGCAAAAGUGGCACCUGACCCAGACUCAAGUCUAUGAUAAAUCAGAAGUACUAAGACCAGUCUACUUCUUAACGCAAUAAAAUUUGUGGGCACUCUUCUUUGCGUGCCGUGCAAAGUUCUGUUUAUGUUCCAAAAUUCGCCAUUUUGACAGCAAAGCUGGAAUUGUAACGGGUCCGCAUCUGAUCGACUAAUUUCCACAGCUUUAACGUUUCCAGUUAUCACUAAAUAUCAUUAGACCCUUUAAAUGUUGGACGUUUGAAAACAUGUGGAGAAAACUUAGUAAUCGCUUUUUCUUGGGUCUUUUUCUUGUCGACGAUGAACGUGACUUCGUUCUCGGUAUGCAAAUUAGCCUUAGAUCCGUUGUUUCAACAAAUUGACAGGAAAUAUAAUCGUUACAUUCACAUUUCUAAGGGGAAAAAUAAUUCUCCUUUCCACAGAAAAACACAAACCAUGACUUAGAAUCCCCUUAAGGUCUGUUUUUUUUUUUUUUAACGAGGAAGAAGCAGCUGAAUAAUAUAUCAUGAUACAUGUUUGCGGCUUAAAAUAAUUCAAUUACUGUGGCCUGUCACGCAUUCCUGAAGACGGGUGGUCGAUUAGAAAACAAUAGCGUUGUGUCGAUCAAUUCGAUAAUAUUAUCAUCUUUUUUUUAAAUGAUAGUUAUUGAUAAUAAUAAAAAAUAAGAGUUCACUUGCAAGGUAAUUCCUCCUGUCAGCACACGAAAAUGUUUGGGCACUCUUUUUUGCGUGCCUGUAUAAAAAAUAGCGUUAACGUCGAAAGCUUUAUUGUGAUAUUUGCUUAUCGGGAGAAGGCAGAUCUUUGUACAUGGCACUAUGAUAAAAAAAAAAUGGCCCCACACUUUUUCUAUCUUAAAUUAGCGGUAAAUUUCAGUUUCAUUCAAAGAUCUUUAAAGUGCUUAUCGGUAGCUUAUCGGUAGCAGAAUGAAAAGGGAAAAAUAGUUCCUUUUUUCAGUGAAUAAACGCAAAAGGGAGUAUUUUUUCAGUUUUUGUUAGGGUAUAACAUCCGAAUUCCAACGAUGAUCUUGUUUUGGUUUCAAUCUGAUUGAAUUAUAAUGCAACAGGUGCCAGUUUCAAAUUAAAUAUAACUAUGUCACUGAAAUCGCCGAAGAGAUCAAUUGUGAAAAAUGGCUUUUUCGGCUAUUUCAUCAAGCAGUUCUUCCGCGAGAUCGUAGACAGAGUGGGUCCCGGAAGGGGUGUGGAGGAAAAUGUGUUGGUCACAGAGUGCAUGGAUGAUAUUACCUCGCACUUAGCCAGCUGUCACUUGUCUAAGUGUAGCAAGUGUAGCAAAGACAAUGAAAAUGAACUCAUUUUGGCGAGAGUACGUAUUCGAGGCUUGGUGGGUAUUCGGAACUGAAAUGACAAUCUGCCCAAGGCACAGACACUAAAUAGCCUGUGUACAGACCCCCUCCUCUCGGGAAAAAUCGGGAAAGGGGCCGCUUCUCCCAAGGGAGGAAGGGCAGUGUGCAAACAGGCUAACACUAAAAUGACAAUCGGCUUUAGGCACAGGUUUUUGCGAGCGCCAAGGUCUUGUUAGGCUCGAUUGUAAGCCGCUGUUCUGGAAAACGAGCCCCCAACGGACGGGGAGAGGGCGGAAAUCGAGCCUGAGGUCUUGUCAAUACCCCGGUCACACUCUGGAUCAUAAUGGCAAAAUAACUUCUGUGGCAGGAAGACACGUCGUUCAUUUCCAGAUAGCCAGCGAAAUAAGUCAAAGUUUUGUUCCAUCAUUCUUUUUUCUUCUUCAUGCAAACAAUUGUCUUAACGUACAGAGAUAUUUUAAUUUCUCUAUUUAACAUUUUAUCUUGCGAUGUUUCCUGAAGCUCGUUUCCAGUUUAUUUGAGCUUGCAAAGAUAGUUUUUGUUAUUUCUAUUUUUUUGACAGCCGUGUAUCUUGCCCUAAUCAAUUCUUACCUUUAAAAUACUAUACAUACCGGUUAAUCCGUGUGUUGUGAAAGAUUGUUUUCUGAUGAUUGGUUGAAGAGCAUUAUAAAUGGGGAAAAAAAAACUUUCUACACGGAGUCAGGAUUCAACCUCGUCCCCAGGGCUUUCCCGCCGCUGUCAUUUUCUAAGAAGAAUGUCCUGGGGACGAGGCUAGGAGUGAUUGUGGUCGAGGUGUCGUUCACGUGUAUGAAAAGUAUUUCAUUCUUGCAAUAAAAAUAACUUUUUUGAACUUAAACAGUGUUUAAAACAUGUCUCUGGGUUUUGUAAAAAUUAGUGAUACUUAAAAGUACCUUAGUGUUCAGUUCAACUUUAUAUAGCCGAUUUGCUCCUCCUGUCGCAAGAAACUUGAAAAAACUUGACGCCGAAGGGUCGAGAAGAGCACGAUUGAACAGUCUGCAACCAUGUCCACACAUUUGCCGGAGAGGUUUAUUGGACAAGAUUUCUCUGUUUUUCUUGUUUGAUAACGUUGUCAUUAAGUCUUCAAAAAUGCCUCCAGAUUGCUGUUUUUUUUUUUUUUUUUUUUUUUUUUUUAUACCCUCUUGAACAAUGUGCUUCAUCUUACCUCUCCAUUUUUAACCUACUUUACCAUGCACCCUCUCUCCCCACUAUUCCACCUCUACUUUAAUAAGCAUUUGUAUUUAAGAGGGUGAAAUUUCUCCCGUGUAUAUUAAUUUCAGAAAAAAUAAGUCCUUCUACUUUUCCUUAAAUUCUUAAACUUAAUUCUUUUUUCUUUAAGAACCACCAAAGAUGCUGCUAAGGCUGCAAUAAGCGUACUCGCCCUUUUAUAUACUUCAUCUAGCGAAAUGCCCGCCCUUUCAUAUACCUGAAGCCUGAAAAAGAUACUCCUUUCGGGCGGAACCUCCCCGUAUAGGCCAUCAUAGGGAGUUCCCCCCAAUCCCGUUCCAAUUCCGUGCUCACCUAUUGCCAGCCCAUGUUGGACUCUAGGCCCGUUUGAGUCAACACGUAAACAUAAUCCUAAGUGUAUACAAGUUGAACUUGACCAUAGAGAUCUGUUGCAAGAAGACGAGGAGUUCGAAAGGCAAAAGCUUGUUGCAGAAAUCGCUGAAGAAUUGAGACCACAACACCCUCAACCUGAAGCUUUCAACCUAUGUGUAUGUCAAAGGAAGAACAACACCUAGUCAGUUCAACGUGGUAAUGCUAAAAAAAUCUUGUGUCACUUUAAAAUACCAUUCAAAUCCAGGGAAAGAAAAGGAGACCUAGUUGACAAACUUUCGUCUUUCAUACAAGAUUGCAUGUGCUUUUCUCCAACAGCUCAGGAGUGAACAUAUGGAUCCUUAAUUUAGUGUGAUUAACAGCCGGCAAAACUUUUGGGAUUUAACACUGAGAAGGACCUUAAACAAUAACUAUGCCUUUUUCUGCAAGCCAUUCCUCAUUUUUACUGAAAUGUUGUUAAUUGGCGAUAAACACAAUGCUCUGUUAAUACCACCCUAAUGUUUGUAUAGCCUAUGGUUAGCAAGGGAUCUUGGAAAUGAAAGUACUUUGCAGGUGUGGUCCUAUGCUGUCGCACGGUAUCUCUGAAGUUGUUUGCGAGCUAUUUCCAAAAUAUUAAUUUUUGAUUCUGUAAUUGAAAAUAUUGUGCUAGUGCUCGUGAAUAAGAGUGGCCGUGUCCAAGUGACUACUUUGUAGCUAAUUGUCGUGUAUUACACCAUGGGCUGUCAUAUUAUCACGGUAACUCCCGGGGAUACUGACUCAGUUAAAACGGUCGUAGAAUGAAUAAAUACAACAGCACGGUAUUUCCCACCCAGUAAAGAAUCGGAAUUAACAGUGAUUAAAUUGUAUGAUUAUCAAUAACUAUCACUUCAAAAAAAAUAUAAUCAGAUAAAAGAACUGAUCGAUACACGGCCACUCUCGGGGAAUGCGUGACGGGCCACAGUAAUUAAAUUAUUUUAAUUCGCGUAAACAUAUCUUCUUCUACUACUUCUUCCUCGUGAAACAGACCUAAGGGGAUUCUAAGUCAUAUAUCGUUCGUGUUUUUCCGUGGAAAGUUCUAAGAGAUAUUUUCCCUUAAAAAUGUGAAAUAUAAGCAGUUAUGUUCCCUGUCAAUUCAAUUUGUUGAAACGACGCACCUAAGGCUAAUUUGCAUACGGAGAAUGAAGUCGCGUUGUGAUCGUCGACCAGGAAAAAAAACAAGAAAAAGCGAUUACCAAGUUUUCUCCUCAUGUUUUCAAAAGUCCAACAUUUAAAGGGUCUAAUGACAUUUGGUGAUAACUAGAAACGUUAAAACUGUGGAAAUUAGUCGAUCAAAUGCGGACCGUUACAAUUCCAGCUUUGCUGUCAAAGUGGCGAAUUUGUAACAUUAACGGAACUUUGUACAGCGCGCAGAGAAGAGUGCCCACAAAUUUUAUUGCAUUAAGAAGUAGACUGGUCUUAGUACUUCUGAUUCAUCACAGACUUGAGUCUGGGUCAGGUGCCACUUUCGCGAAAUUACCGUUCAGCUCUAGUUAUGCAAAUUACUUUUCCUGCUGAGCAAAUUAACGGUCAUUUAAAAAAAAUCAUAUCUCAGCCAAAUUUCGACAGAAUGCAACCAUUAAACUUUGACACUGUUAAUGAGAGUUAAAACAUUUGUGUGUAAAAUAAUCAGCUUAUUCGGCUAUGUAAGGUAGGUUUGACAGAGCCCUAAAAAUUCACCAAAAUCGCACCACUUCUGAAGGCAAACGGGCCAGUUUUAGGUGACCAAGAAAAUCUUCCUGUAAUAUAGAGAAAAAAUUGAGUUGGUCCAAAUAAAUGUGAUAUUUCUUCAUGGGAUAGGAUAGUUAUCUUCCACUGAAAAAAUCAGGGCAAUCCGUGAUACAACGAAAUUUGCCUUAUCGGUUCUUACGCGGACAGCCUCUUAAUAGGCAUCAAUAAUGCAGGUCUAUUGUUGCUUAUCUGUUUAUUCUUUUAUUUAUUAGAACUUCACGGAAUAGAUUGGAUUGGUAAGUUUUUUCUUAACACAAUGUACUUUUUUUGACAGAUUUGUUUUUGUUAAUCGUCCGACUUACUUUCCGAUGGUCGCCGUUUUUCUCCAACUGGAAAUUCACAUGCGUUCGCAGGCUUUUUCGUAAUUCUAUCGAUUUAUCUGACUGAAAUAGAAGUUACUACAGAUACUUACAGAGAGUUACAAGUCAGGUUAGACCCUUAAGCAUAACGACGUCUCAGAUAUCACAGCUGUUUUGUAUGAUUUAGGAAAAAAGGAAGGCAGUUUUGACGUCUAAAGGCAUCGCUUUUGUUUAUGGCAGAUACGUAAAUCAUUUUGGAGAAAUUUUAAACAGAACUGGCUCCCAGCUGAAGAGGGAAGGGAUUUUGGUUUGCUUAAGGUGCAUUUUAAAGCACUUCACUCUAAGCAGUGGCCUUCAUAUUAAAACUUUGAGAGAGUGUCUAUAUGUAGACGUUUGCGCUCUUCGGACAUCUGUAAGCCGGAUUACAACUUCCUCUGGAAAAAAGAACAUUCCAGGACACUGCGGCCGCCCUUUCUAAUAAUCUUACUGAUAAUCUGAAAAAGUGUGACGGUUUUAAUCUAUUUACUUCGCGCAAUUUUAAAUUCGUAAGGCACAGAUCAGGUCAACUUAUCUUAAUUGUAUUUUAAGUUUUACUGCGAUCAUUGUAAAUAUUUUCUCUUUUAAUCGUUAUUUAUUCUUUUUUUAGUAUAUUUUAUUGUAAAUAAUUGAUACAUAUUUUUAUUUUUUAGUUUUUUAAUAGUAAAAGAUGAAGAGCCACAAUGUGGAAACCCUGUUAUCAAACAUAUUACUUAUUUACUUACCGUACUAGCCAGCAACAAGCAGGCUCUCCAUUUGGGAAUCGAGAGAGCGGGCUAGUGAUCAUUCUCACGUGACUUUUUACGCUCGCGGUUUGCAGAGGAAGAGCUUGCUAGAGGGUGUGCCCUUUUGGACGAAAUUGCCGUUAAGUAAAGAUCAAUCGUGAAGUUUCAUAACAAACUCAACCUAAAUAAAUCUGUAGGCCAGAAAUCUCGGAGAAUUGGAGACGAGAGAGUGACGCUUUCUAAACAGCCAGAAUAGCUGAAACUCUCAAGACUUGUCCCAGCAACCAAAAAUUCCGAUACUUUUUCUUACUAGUGGUUCCUAAAGGAGGUUUAAGAACUACGGGUAGAUGCUUAAGUAACAUGCAUUGUAUUUAUGGAGCACGAAACAAGCUGGAAAAAUGAGGGAAUUUAUUUGGAAACAGCGUCCAUAUUUUUUGUGUCCUUGCCGAUGGCCAUUAGGGGAUCUAUAACACAGUUAUUGCUACUAUAUGUAUGUACAAUUCUUAUUUUAUGUAUUAUUCUUGUUCUUACUGUGUUUGCAGAACGUUACCAAGAAUACUUUACAACUCCCUACUUCGUGUUCAUUCGAGACACGCUCAGCUACCUGGCACUGGUUGGUUUACACUUCGCUCUUUGUCUUGAGACAUCAAGCAUCCCGUUCAGCGGUCUAGAGUGGGCUAUUUUGGUGUUCUUCCUGGGAAGGAUCUUGAUGGAAAGUCGACAGUUCCUAGGUGUCCAGGAAUCAAGGGGACCAAAGGCGGACGAAAAAAAAUCAAACAGAAAUUUAAGAGGAUCAGCGUACCAAUUCUGCGGUAAAGAAGAAGAAGAAAAAGGGAAAACAGCCAUUUUUCUACAUAGAUGCAAAAAAUACUUGAGGUAUAACAUAUUACAACUUUAUUUAAUUGUCGAGAUCUUUACCUUAUAAAAGCUAAUUGUGGACACUAAAAUAAUGGGAAAAAAAAAUAAAAAUAUAUAAAAUAAGUUUAUACAUAGAAUCAUCAGGGUAAAUUUGUAAUUUCCUAAAAUCUAACAUUUAUAAAAAGUUAAAAUUUAAAAGUUAAAAAAUGACGGAUUUAUCCCUACUAAACUAUACAGAAAAAUGACGGAGUUAUCCCCACUAAAAUAUACAGAAAAAUGCUUAAAAUAUUUCUAAAAAUUUUCAAGAACUACAAAGUUCCACAUUUUACUGGUGGUUGUUUAUUAGUUGUUGUUGCUGUUAGUGGUGGUGUUGUUCCUUUACAUUUUUCAUUGUUUGUGACUACAUAUAUAGAAGUUUAAAAAAUCUUUAACGGAGCUUCUUUCCGAACUUUGGAAAGUGUUGUAUUCAAGGUCGAAGCUAAUUAAAUUUUAGCUUCCAUAAAACUUUAACUUGUUCUCUACCAAAUACCAACAAGCAUCCUACAACACUAUUUGCUUGGACAAUCAACUCAUAAUGCUUCGCAUAUUGUUUUUGUUUUGUAGUUAAAAGACGGUUUAAGGAUUUAAUAAUGGCUUUCUGAGAAAAAUUUACUCGUUUAAAUAAAAGAGGAAGGGAAGAGAAGAGCGGUGGAUGAAAAAGGAAGGCUCUAAUCUCAAUGAAAAUUUUCCAUUUCUAUCUCAUCCGAUACAAAGAUAAUUUACAUACAUACCUACAUACAUACUAACUUUAUUCAAGAUGUAAACAAACUUAUUUACCGGAAAAAACAUAAUAUUAAAAAACAUCUUGAAAAGGAAGUUGAGAGGUUCGCCCUGUAUUAGAACUCCCAAAGAGAAAUAGAAAAUGCUAAAUAAAAACAUCAAAUACAAUACAAGUAUUCAAAAAUCAAGGCCUUAAUUAAAGCACGGUUCUUAGUUUAAGAGCGACGGUUAGGAAAUAUCGACCGUCGAGAGGCAAGAGUUGAAAAAUCGAUUUCUUUCAAUUUUUGUCCAUAUAUGGCCUCUUCCAGUUUGGGGAACCGGAAACAAGUGCAGGACGCGCGAUUUGACAAUCAUUUGACAGGUGUCAAGAGAGAAAGUUUUUAUUGCCUCACGAAAACAAUAUAACACAACAAAGGGUUUUACGAGAAAGUGAAAACAAAUUCGCCAUGUUGAAAAAGUUUAUUUUGUCAAAACAAAGAGCGCUGUAAGUUUUAGCUCUUUAAUGUAACGCUGGAGUAUUUUGGAAACCGGGCACUGUGUCUUUCUCGAAGUCGUUUCCAUCUUUCCUCCGUUGGUCCUUGUAAAAAAACACUACAAAAGGCAAAGAAGCCUUUCAAGGUAAGUUUGUUGUCAUUGUCGAAGGAUUGGCUCGUUAAUUUUUUUGGGAAAACCUCUCGAAUUUCUGCCAGUUCAUUCUCGUCUUUAAGCGUGAUCUGCGUUAAAAUUUUCAAACACGGACCAUUUUUUCUUUCACGGAAAGUUUACGAUUCAGUUUCUACAUCAGCUUCGUUCUCGUUCAAACAAAGCUGGGUUAAAAUCUGGAAAGGCAAAGUCAACAUCCCAGUCCUCAGGGUUUACAGACAUAUUUUUAAGUAUAUUCGGUCAAAACUAAGAGCACUGAAAGUAUUCACUCGCCAAUGUGACGUUAGAGUCUUUUGAAAACUGGACGUUGUGUUUGGCUUGAAGGCGCUUCUGUCUUUCUUUCGUUGGUCUUUGGAAAAACACUGGAAAUGACAAAGAAGCUCGUCAAGAUGAUCGGCAUGCAGGCAUGUUUGUUAUCAUAUUUGUCGAAGGAAUUACUCAUUUUCUCUUAGGCAAAACAUCUCGAAUCUCUGCCAGUCGAUUUGCGUUUUCUUAACUGUGUACUACGAUAAAAUUUUCAAACACUGACUAGAAUCCUCUUCGAUAAGAUUACGAGUUAGUUUCUUCAUCGCCUUCGUUCACAAAUAAACACAGUUUAAAAUGUUGAAGGACAAAGUCAAAAUAUAAGUCCUCAAGGUUGAUAGACUUCUUGUAACUUAAUUUCAACGUUUUUUUUAGAGGUAAAGAGAUUUAGAGCUCCGAAAUGAGCAUUUUCUUUGAAAUUUUGGUCCGUAUAGCAAGUUACGGACCGCAAAUUGACCAAUCGCAUUGCGAAAACAGAAUCAGCCAUAUAAUAACUAAUCUAAUGUAAGUUGUUCUCGCAAAAAGCUUUUUAUUUUCGAGAAAAGUAAGAAUAUCAGUUUUCGUGGUAGGAGUCUCAAAAUGGCCGUAGUUUCAGCCCGAAAUUUGCUAACAUCAACUCUUCUCGCGUUUGCAAAAAAAGUCGCAAGGAGAAAUUGAGACACUUUCUAUCACUAGAGCAACCCUUCUUAUUUCAUUGGAAGAUACUUUCAAAGCAAUAUCGAAACUUGUUGAACUGACAUAAUUCAAAAACGAAGAACAAGUUUUUACAGUGACAAAAACCUUAAUUUAGUAGUUGUUUUCGGCGGCAUUAUUCUUCAUGUGGUAUAGCUCCAAAUUCCCCAGUGCUCGUUUAUUCACACGUUUAGACAUUCAUCUAAAACAUACCGGAGAAUUGGCUUGGGUUCCUGAAGGCAGCCUCCAAACGAAAGCAUCGAAGUCCGGAAAAUAUAGUGAAGCGUCACCAAAACAACUUAUUUGACGGCUACAAGUUUCCUCGAUCGUAAAGUAUUAAGCAAGGCGUAAUAUCUUCCUGUUCAUUCAUCCUUAGCGAAUUACCAUUGUUAAGGUCCUUAUUUUUUCGAUAAAAAGUGAGUACCAGCAUACUAGCGCGUUCGAUUUUUUUUCCCCUUCGAAAUACUGUCGGCAUCAAAAAUGUUACUCUUUCAAGAAUUGCGUUGCGUUACUACCGUGAUUCGUGACUUUCAUGUUAACGGCUCCGUCUCUUCUCCGUCUCUUCAAACGUACGUCAUGUCACGUGGAGUCACGGAACAGAUUGUCACGCAGAGUCACCGACUGGGUAGAGUUCAGUGUUUCAAAAUGGCUAAAAUUGACCCAGUUUCACCUUUUUACCUCACUCUUUGAUUGAAAAAAGUAACUUUGCAAUGGAAAAACCUGCAAGAAGUACGAAAAACGAGCCUUUAGGCUGUAAAUAUCUACUUUUGAGCGUUUCGAAAUUGGAAGUGUUUACACAAUUACCGCCGGCCUACCAUGAAAAUUCCUGAACUUCGAUGGUGUCUUACAGAGAUGUCCUUCCAUAACCCAAGCCAAUCCCCAGGUAUGUUUUAAAUGAAUGUCUAAAUGUGUGAUUUAAAAAUAGCAUGAAGAGAAUUUGGAGUUAUACCACAUGUUAAAUAUUGCCGUCGAAAAUUAGUAACGAACUUAAGUUUUUGUUGUCGUGAAAACCUAUCCCUCAUUUUGAAUUAUUUCAGUACGACGAGCCUCGCUAUUGCCCUGAAAUUAUCUUCUAGUGGAAGUAAAAUAAUUUUUCUGCCCAUGGAAAGUGUCCAAAUUUCUCCAUGCGGCUUCAUUUGCCAACGCGAGGAAAGUUGAUGUUAGUGAAUUUCAGGUUAAAAAUUAGGCAGUCUGAGACUUUGACAUCGAAAACGGAUCUUCUAAUUUUUCUCACAAAUAAAAGGCUUUCGGCGGGAACAAUCUACAUUAGGUUUCAUAUCUACAUAACAGCUAUCUAUGAACAAAAACUGAAAGAAAUUGAUUUUUGAACUCUUGCCACGAAAUUAAGAUUUUGGUCGAGUUUUCCUGACCGUCGCUCUUAAAGGUUUAUUAAAUAGAUAAUGAUGAAGCUUAUUUUUUAAAAAAAUGAAGGCUUUCAGCAUCUACUAUGUCUCUUGGUAAAUCGUUCCAUUAUAUACUCUAUAGAGAUCGAUGGAACAUUUUGGAUUUCAUCGCCCUUCUGAACUACUUAGUGACGUUUGUACUCAGAGUAGUCACGUGGAACUUGUCAGAAUCUGUCACCGACAAUCGAGCUCUCGUUUUUUCUGGUUAUCUUUAUGGCCUUAAUACCAUGUUCCUUACACUUCGAGCCUUUGGUCACGUGAUGGAAACAAUCGAGGGGAUUGGCGCCAUUCAGAUCGCUUUGUUUCAAAUCAUCGGUGACGUGAUGCCGAUAUUCUGGCAGUUCAUUGCAACUAUUUUGGCGUUUUCUAGCUCCAUUACCAAGGUGUACAUGGCAGAAAGAUCAUUCAUUUCCAACACUAAUGGCACAGAAUCGUGAGUAGAAUACAUCAUUACCGUAGUAUAUAACUAGGUGAUGCAAGACAUUUUCUAGCUCCUUAAAAAUGCAGGAAUGGGAUUGAAUAUACCCAACACAGUAACAGCUGUCUCUAAUGCUCCUUUUUUUCUAACAGACUAACAGUAACGUUAAUUUGUGUUUAUAGUAAUAUUGACUGUAACACAUGUUAUAGCAAAGGACAGGAUAUAGAACUCAACGAGCUACCUACAAAGGUAGUUAAGUGUAUUUGGAUCCUCAUAAUCUAAAUACACUUAAAAAGCAGUUUGUUAUCGUCCGAUGGAGUCAAAUCUGCUGUUAAAGAUUUACUUUUUGUAUUCGUUUGGCCCCUGUCGAUGCUGAAACUAGAAACUGAAAAAAAAAAACUGAAAACUGAAACUGUUGUACACCUCGCCUCUUUGAGACAUCAUCAAACGCCAUAAGCUUGACUUCUACUUUUAUCCAGACGAUACACAAAUCUAUUUCGCCUUUAAGCCAAAUUCAGCCGAACAACAAUAGCAGCAGGGUUUUUUUUUGCGCAGUUUAGCUGAGAUAAGGGACUGUUUAUCUAUAUCCGACACAGAAACCUUAGUUCACACCUUUAUUAGCUCUAACUCUUUGUUGAACGGUCCCCCUAAAUUUUUAAGCGACCGUUUUCCGAAUGUACAGAACUCUGCAACUCGACUUAUUGCACGCAGCAGGAAGUAUGACCGCAUUACGCCCAGUUUAAACAACUCCACUGGCUUCCAGUCAAUCACCUUUUUAUUUAUAAAUUAUUACUAAUGUUUCUAUAAGCACUUAAUGGGCUAGCACCUGCCUACAUUAAAGAUUUGCUACAGCCAUAUCGGCCAGGAACCACAUCAAUCCUCAUCACAGAUCCUUCUUAUUUAAAAGUGCAAUGGGCGGAUAAUAAGUUUGCUACGACCAGUUGCAAAAAUGUUGGUCAAGGCACUCUUACGAAAAAACAACUUUUCAUGCUACAAAUCGCUGCUAGUCACAGGUCUGUGAGAUAUAAUACUGGCCUCCCUCCUCCCUCCCAUUCAAAGUUGUCCCUCCAAGUUUUGAGCAUGGUCUUGUAUUGCUAGCAACUUUGGUAAGGGGUGGAGGGGGGGUCACAAGGUCAAGAUCAUGGACAGGCCAUUUAAGCCAAAAUACGGUACAGUGUCUCAAGUACUUUUACAACUGGUUGUAGCUAUAUGGCCAUAGGUACGUCGUUAUCUUUCGUAGCCCCUACCUUUUGCAACUCACUUCUAGACUAUAUGCGCACCAGUCACUCAUUAUCAUAAUUUAAAACCAACAUUUAUUGAGCAACUGGAAAUAGCGCUAUUUAAAUAAAGUUUCUCAUUAUUUAUGAUCUGAUUAUUAUGAAACUGACGAACCACAAUUAAACUUUUCAAAGCUGGUGAUGACCCUGGUUUUGCACGGUUAAAACGUUCUAAUUGCUUUCUCGUUUUCAUAAUUAUAGUGCUUGCAAAACUUCUAGUGGAUUAGCUUGGUAAGUUAUUAUUUCAUCUCGAUGGAAUUUUCCAUACACUUAUUUCACAUGCCAAAUGUUUCUUAUCGAAUGUUACCGGCGUUCAUUUAAAUGUACCUGGAAAAAUUACCUUAAGCUCAAGGUAAUUCACGACCACUGAGGCUAUGUUCACACUAUAGUGGAUAUCUUUGCGCCCCCAUGGAAAUUAUAACGGAUAGGGCUCCUGUUCACACACCAGAAUGGUUGUGGUGGGGUGGGGGGGUUCUGUGACGGAACAAGCUGCACCGCACCAAUCUCGAAAGUAGUGUUUUCUGCAGCCGUUCUUCUUUCCCUCGUCAGAAUGGCUGUGUAGCGAACGUGGAGCCUCACUUAUUGGAUAUCUUUUGUGCCAUACUUUGGUGCAGUGUGGACACUAGACUUGCCUACAAAUAGAGCUCAAAGUUUUUUCACGAACGCGAAGCCCGAGCGGUAUAUUUUUUAAUGUUUUCUGCGGCAAAAGAGAGAGCGAGAGCGAGACUUGUUUCCCCUAGCUGUAAAAAAUCGCAUCCAGUGACGUCAUUUUGAGGCGAAUCAUUUGCGUCCCUGUCGCGUGUGUUGUCGCGUGCGUGUGUCGCCGUCGCGAGCUGUCAAAGUAUGUCAAAACAAACAAAUAACGGGAAAAAAUUCCGAUAAGAGAAAGUAAAUAAAGUAAAUAACAGAAUGUUCAAUACCAAAAACGGGUAAUGAACAAAGGUGCCGUCUUGUGAUAUUCGAGAGUUCAGUCUCCAGACGUUUCAGGCUCGUUGCAAGGUUUGCAUACGCCAUGAAAGAAAAAUAAAAAAAAACUCUGAAGUGCGCGCUCGAAACAAAACAAGUGGGUAAUGUUUUUUCCCUCCGUGGCUGCCAGGAAAAUUCGACCUUGGUAAAGUACUCAAAUGGAGGAAGAUAAAACGCCCACUAAAGCUUUGUAUUUGAAUACGGGCGAUAAAACGAAAUCGAAUUUGUACAAAACAGUUCAAGUCACGUUUCGUGUGGCGUGAUCGGGUUUGAUUGACGGCGCAUCAGCAAAACCGUUCGUGAUUGGAUAGAAGCUACAGGAGGAAAAUUCCUCCUGUCAAUUUGGCGCGCUGCAGGUGAUAAAAGACCUUCGCGCUGGGGCCAACUACCGGAACCAAAAAUGAGAAGCGAAGGACUUUGAGAAAGUCUGUGUGAACACCAACACCGCGGCAAAAAGUCUAUGUGAACACCUAUUCCAGCUGUCCGUUGCGGAAGUAAUACGUAGGACUAAGGACUGGAACCCACUGAGACGAAAGCAAAUAUUCAGGAGUGAGGACUGGAAUUUCGUGCACCAAACCCUCGCGGCCAACUGCUCCGGUAUGAUGUUCGAUGUGUGUGAACGAUUUAUGCCGCCCCAGGCCGCUGCUGCUCAUACUAUGCGAGAUGGCUUUUCGUGGCGUCACGAAGAGCUGUUAUCCGGUAUAGUGUGAACAGAGCCUAAGACAACGGAUAUUAGAUAAAUACUCGUAUUAAAUUGAAAUUUGACUUUCGAGGCAACGUGAGAGCUGAUAUUUUUUCAGUACAGUGUAAUAAAAAGGUAAAAAAACAUGAAUAUAGCUACGUAGGCUCCUAAUAAUUGUAGAUAACCUUGUAGCCUAGACCGUUUUAAAGCGAACACCAUUUUGCGUUGGUCAUAAAUGUGAGCAAUCGCCAAACAAAGGACUGGGGAAAGACGCCCUUCAUUUGCCGUGAGGCUCGCAUGCUUCGACGACGAGGGUCCACGCUUUUGGCGCCUCGCGCUUUAUUAUAAACUAUUGAUAAAAAUGUUAUGCUCUGUUAGCUUCGCCUCCUAAAAUGUUAGAAAGAGCGAUAACGUCGUAGAUGGCCGGAUUAAGGAUAGGGGCAGCUUUAAACAGAAGCGAUAAAUUUGGCCAAAAUGUUUCUAAUUAAUUGAAUUUCCAAGAGAGGUAUCUUUUUUAUCUUUCUUAUUUGAUAGUAUUCCAUGAUCCAAAAGCAAAUCUGAGUGAAAAAUUUUUUCCCUUCCAAUGGAAAGUGAAGUGCUGUGAGUAAAGCAUGACAUUUCAAAUAACUGAAUCAGAUGCAGUUUAUUUCGAUUGUUGAUAUUUGACAUUAAAACGGCUUGGAAACUAAAAUUUCGAGGACGUUUUUGGACUUUUUACAUUUAGGGCAUGAAUUUUUCGUCAUUUCAGGCCAUGGAACCUAAAAAUGAGCCUAGCUAACUGUAAAAAGGGGCAAUACGGACGCAAUACGUCCUAGCCGGCAUGAUCGCAUGCUGUUUACGGAAAAUUCUUUCAUCCAUGUCAGGAAAUUCUGUAUUUUAAAGCCUCCCUUAGGGCAUGACUCAGCAAUUGAGAACAUUUCUGCUACGUUUUCAAUGUUGGUUAGCAUGCAAGGAUUUUUCCCAUGCCUAUCGUCAAGGAUUUGCUCACUGGUAAUAGAGGGGCUGGCCCCAGGGUGGUUUUGCAUUGAAAUUGGCAUGCAACAGAAUUUCGCAUGCCCUGUAAGCAUAAUUUGAGGUUCCGUGAGCUUCUCACCCAGGCCGCGAGAAGCCUAGGUUCUAGUAAUAAGUAAUUCAUACCAAAAUCUCCGGCAUGCCGGGCAUGGCAAAUUUUCUGGCAUGCCCGGCAUGCCAAAUUUUCUGUCAUGCCGGGCGUGCCAUAAUCUGGGUCAUGCCGGGCAUGCCAAAAUCGGUCUCUGGCAUGCUCUCAACGCACAGGUUAUAAUUCCUUGAAUCUACAGAUAUUUUAAGCCUGGCUAAAACAAAAAAAAAACUAAACAGAUCACAGUGCUUAUCUUUUGAUGUACGCUUACACGAUGACGUCAUUGCUAUUCCUUUCAUUUUCAUAGAUUUGGUUGUCCCAGCGAAGUUUAAAUAACAAAAGCUCUAGUUUUCAUAAGAAAGUAAAACCCUGAGGGAUUCUGCCGUAGUAAUAAAACAGCGUCAUCGUGGAGAUGACCUGUUGGGGGAUUGUAAAAACUCCUCACCCCUUUUAAUGAGUCUUUAAUAGGAUUCCCAUUUCAUAUUGCGAAUAAAAUGGAAUUGACUGAAAUCAGUAAAAAGAGAGACAGAGACUAUUUUCAUUGUAUAAUAAAAUGCAUCUAUAUUCCAUGAAAGCUUUUAAAAAUACAAGGUUAUAGAAUAUCUUUCAAAGUUCAUUACAAACUGAGUUAAGCCCCAAAAUCACUGUUCAUUAUUCAGUAAAUUAUGAUGUUUGACAAUGCAAUGUGCUUGAAUAUAAAGUUGCAAUUACAAAUCUCUCUAACGCAAUUUUCCCUACGUUAGAAAAGCUGUUUUUAUCUUGUUUCACAUUUUGAUAAGGAGUCUGAGUUCCUCUUUCUUGUUUUGUAGGCUUGCCAGGGAUUAAUGUUUUUGUGUCAUUACCAGUGUCUGUGUUCUUUGUUUUUAACUCAAAGUAAGUUAGUAAUAACUGACAGUGUCAAAGAAUUGCUCUCUAGAAAAGUAAUUAUCUCCUCGUCAUGUCUCGAAGUUACCUGUAACAAAAAAGAAAUGGAAUGUUAACACAUGCAAGGGCAAUAUGAAAAAAAAAAAUAGAACAUGUAGAGCUCAGCUUCUCUUAACAUAUUUUCAUACUGGCUUGUUGAGUCUGCUAAAGGUCGCAACUAAUUGUCUGAGGCUAAUUUCACAAGAGUGUGCAAUUGAGAUAAAUGCAUGGUAAAUAAAGUGAAAGAAACGUGGUUUCACAUUAGCCAAUUUGCAUUGCGCUGUUCGAUGAUGUUUACACGCUCUUCUACUGCGAAAUAAACCUUUGCAUUUGGAUUUGCAAGUCAAGAUUAUACCGAGUUUGACUGACACUUAAUUGAACAACAGUUUCAUUUUUAAGCAGGUAAGGUGUAGACCCAUAUAAAGCCGUAAUAUGUAAAGGAAAACUCAGCGAAAACUUUUUCGCAUCUUUUUGGCGAUAUUUUCUCACGGCCCGUCAACUGAUUAGGGGUUGCGAAGAAAAAAUAAAUUAGGACCAAAGGUUAAAGCCUGUCCGGUUACAUCAUUUCGUAUGUUACGUAGAAUUCUAAUAAAUAGGUCAUAAAAUAGGAUUUAACGAGAGCGAAUUUGUUUCUCAAUCGGUGUAUAAAAAAGUGAAGCUAUCAAAUGAGAAGUUUAUAGAGUAUCAAAAUUAUUAAAUUAAAAGCUCAUAUAAUUAGGAAAAUUCCUAUACGAAAACAAUGCUAGUGACAUUAAACUGAUCAGAUAAAAUUCUCAGAAAAUAUGUCGAAUAAAAGCCUCAUAUUGUUUGCUUUUGUUUUUGCGUAAAGGUAAAUUUUUCGGCCCACAAAGCAAAGUUGUAAAAGCGACUAAAUCUUAGUUUUUUACAUUGAACAUGUUUAUUAGCUUAGUUUUCGUCCGUUUUAAAAGCUUUAUAACCCAAUCAUAAUUUUCGGGUUAAAAUAGUAUAAAAUCAUUUCAAAAAUCAUGUUCAUUUAAAGUAGAGCCGGCAAACGUGAACAAUUUGUAAUUCAAAAGUCGGACCCAGCCAGGUUGUUUAAGCUUAGAAUUAUUUGCAUUUUAGCGUCCUAUAAAUUUACCAGAAUCGCCUCUCAGAGGCUUACUGUAGCAAAGCAUUUUGUAGUACACCCGUAGACAAGCCAUGUAAGCCUUAAGUCUUUGCUUGGAUGAGAUGUCCAAAAGAAAAAUUAGUUUUGUAGACCUAAACGCACAUUCACAGACUGCUUAUAUUGAGUUGUUUACAACUUUGCAUUAACACCUGCAGCAUGUUCAUUUUUUUAAAGCGAAAUCCAAAUCUGAUUUUGGCAUUUGAUAUACGGAUAUUUUAUUUUGUCUCCAAAAGUGAUUGUAAUAUCCGUUUGAUUGUCUUUCAACCAACAGUCAAACUAUGCAGCAAAAAUAAGUAACUUUACCAGUGCAGUGAAAAAAUAUGACCGUAGGUGCCAAAAAUAAUUAUACUCGAGCUAUAAAAUUAGAUCUGACUUUUUUUAGCUUUGGUUUCUACAUUUUUGAAGUUUUCUCUACUCUUCUUAGCAGCAGAAGAAGAUUACAAGACAUACAACAAACAGAAACAAUCCGAAGUGAACGAGUUGACAACCACUUAUGCCGGAGUUCUUAGGCAUGCUCAACAGCAAGAUAAACUGAAUGCCAAAAGGCUAAUUCUCGGGAUUUGUUCGAUAUUCAGGCUUUUUCUUUCCCAAAUUAAUACUAAAUUUGUACUUACAGUCUCUCGCAGAAUCCAUUUCUUGUCCAGCAUUCACCAACAUCUCAACCAUGCACCGCAGAAAAAAAAGACAAACAAGUGCGAAGAGACAUGACGACAUCGUGACGCCACAACUGCCUCGCUAAAACAAACUAGAUUCAUCGUUAUCCGAAAACACUUCUGCGGAAACUCGGCCAGUUUCGUGCGUGCUCGGAGUAUCUUCGGAUGACGCAGAUGACGUUGCUCAAAGGACUAUCGUCAGCAAGGAGUAAAACAGUUUGCGAGAUUCGCAUAGCCGACAAGAAGCGCACUGAAAAACUAAGCAAAAUCUCUCUGAGAAGGCAGUCCAAAUUCACCAAAUCAAAACGUCUUUGCAGUAUUAACGUCGUACUCUCGUACUGACUUGAACGACCUGGUAAGCUUAAUUUUCACCAGUCUUUUAAUGCUGUUGACCGGGAAACAUUCCGACGCGAUAAAACUUAAGGAUGGGUAAGUUUAUACUGAGAAGAUUUGUUAUCUUAUUGUUUAAGACGCUUUUCCACGAUCAAAUUUAAAUCUGGACCCAGAAAUGUCAGUAUCGGUUUGAAAUAAAAGGAUUAAUCUUUGAUUGCAAGUUAAGUAUUCUAUUUUAUGCAUGAAUAAUGUUGUUUUGUUGUGCUUUUUAUUUAUAAAUCCAGGCUUCUGUGUUCAGUUUUGCAGGUUUUGCCAGUCGAUCCCGUGACAUACAUUGUGACAAACAUGACUUUUUUUUUGUUAUAAUCUGCAUUUAUUGCCAGGCAUGAAACCUGUAACUUCAAGUUCCCUAAGAUAUAUUUGGCGAUUAUAUGUGAUUCUCAGGAUAUGAUGCUGAAGCAAACAUCAAAAUCAGUCUCGCUGGGCAUGCCAAUUUCAUGCCCGGCAUGACGGCCAUGCCAAACCAAGUGGCUUCACGAUCGGCAUGCCCGGCAUGCCAAACCAGAGGAGCAAAAACUGGGAAUGAAUUAUCAACCCGGAGAGAGAUCUGGGACCUAAGUUUAGCUGGGUCAAUUUUGGGCUGCGAGGGCAUGAACCCAUUUUUUCCAUGCCUAUGAGAUGUUAUUUCUAAGUACCAAUGUUCCCUUGAAUUUUGUCAUGCCUAAAUAUAUAAAAUUUUCCCUCUCUCAUUAGUCCUCAGACUGGAUGCGAUUUUUACGCUCGCUAGGCAUGUUCAACUGAAAAUCAUGCCCAUACCCUUAUUCAAAACAAAAUGCUAUCAAAUUUUAGUUUCCAAGCCGUUAUUAACCGUGUCAAAUAACUGUGCAUGUAACGCUACGCUACACGAAGGUGAUCGAUAAAAACUGAACUUUGAACCAAAAUAAGUGUUUAUGUCAAGCUAAAUUGUAUAAAAGUCCGUAAGAAUAAAUCAGCGUAUUAUUUGUCUGAAAUCUGUCCACGAUAAAGUUAAGAGCUCGCUAGCGAUGGAGUGAGUGAAAGAGUGAAUUUCCAAUCGAGUUCAAUUAAGUUCAAUAUUAAACUGGUUCAUAACUCUUCGCGAGCGUAGCAAAUCAUUUCCAAUCUGUGCUUCCGUCGUGUAUAAAACGUUUUACUACCAAGGGAGAAUAAACCUUGUCACACUUUCUAGAAAAGCUUUUAAUAGCUAAGGCAAUUUAGCAAUGUAAUAAAUACAACAAAGCCUGAUUAAAUACAAUUUUAGCCAAAACACCGACUUUAUUUACAGUAAAGUUCCAGGAAUUGCUUGAAAUAUUCUGAGAAAUUCACGGGAAUUUUUUACCUUCACUUGCAUGCAUUUAUUGCCUAAUUUCAUACCGCUCGGGGGCCUAGCACUACCGGAUUUUCCCGGAGUUUUUAAAAAGUCCAGUUUUAGAAUGGCGGAUAGUCAGAGUAAAAACUCGAACGAAAGCAUUCUUUUUCGAAGAAACAUUGAUCAAUAUUCCCUCGGAGAAUCUGCCUAAACUUAGUAAGGAAAGGGUGCAACAUUUCUGCCAUGACCUGAAGCUAAACUUAAGGAGCCGACACUCAGCAAGUGCAAGCAACUGUUCGAUGAACAGGUCGCUCGAACCAAAGAUGAUUAUAAUUUUUCUACAGCAAAGGAGCCUCUUUUAAUUCUACCCGCAUCUGUAAAGUAGAGAAGCACUACAGGCAAGUACAAAGAUGUGAUUGUGUUCGUACCGAUCGUAAGCUAAGUCCUUGGUUGGGGGACUCCGCAUAUGAAAGGGGUGGGGAUGCUCGUCGUCUCGCUUAGGGGUGUAAAUUUCGGAUUUUGGUCUCACUUAGGGCGUUCUGGUCAAAAAGCUAUCAUAUUUAGCCGUAAAGGUCUCGUUAAGGGUUGCACGCGAAAAAAUAUAAAAAUAUAUAUAUUGUCUGUGUUUUAACAUGGUCUCUUUUAGGGGUCAAAAAAAGCUUAGGCUACGCCCAGAUCGGACUCCUUUAGGGAUUUAAUUCAAAAUUUCCGUGAAAGGUACUGAGUGUAGUGAACUUUGUGGCGUCAUGUAUGUUAAACCUAGUGAUCAUAUAUCACAUGCAGGGAGAAUAAUGGACUAGUCUGUACUCAGUGCGUGUUAGCCAAAAGGUAGAUGUACGUGACAUUCUUGAUUGUGAUUACAAGGUGAUUGCCCAAAUUGUAAACAUGGUCUUAGUUCCAAAAAGAGGCAGCUCAACAUGUGAGCCUUCGAAUUCUAAGCUAUUGCCAUUUGACAUUUUAUCAAUGAAUUUAUAUAUGUCUUGAGUAGUGUCUAAAUCACACGCAAGAGCCUUGAAAAGGCAGGGGCACCCAACGGGAAAUUUUGAGAAAAAGACCUAAAAACAACAACAAAGCGUGAAUAAAGUUUUCUGAGACUAUUUUAAGCAUUUUGGGAGAUUGCUGGAAAAAAAUUAUCUGUUCCUCACUCCCAGCAAGACUGAUGGAAGAGUUCCCAGCCAGCAACCUUACAACCUGCAACCUGACUUACUGGGAAGUUUCAUACGGCACAAUUCAGAUCUUGAGUGGUAAGCAACCCAUACAAGUAACCCGUAGCAGCUAUUCUAGACUUCAAAUCCCCUCUGACACCCUGAAUUAUCUUUUUCCCAGCAACACUUUCCUUCCAAGGACUAUUAUUUCUUCCACAUCUCCCAGCCAGCAAAAAUUUGCAUGAAGAACAGAUAUUUUGAGGAACAGAUCCAUUGGGUGCCCCUGAAAAGGAACUAUACACAAUUUAUCCCCCUAAGAAAAAUUACUUGUGUAUAUUAUAACAUUGCUCAAUGCGUGAGGUCUGGUCACAGGAACUGCAGUGCUACCGGACGAAAAAGGCCUCCCAGGUAAGACUGAAGUAUACUUGCUUUUAUAUAUGUUCAGUGAGAAUUGUUUCUUGUGUGAUAUUUCGGAUUUCUACUGAGACCGUACGCAGCGACGGGGAGAAAAUCAAAUGUAAGCCUUGCCGAGCUAAUAAAAUGUUGCCUUUCACUCAGGGUCACUCUGGUGUGUUUUGCUUUUGUGGUCUUUAUUUAACGGUUUGUAAAAACAGGUACACCCACUCCCUUAUCUUUCCCAAUAUUCGGUCCGAUCCAGCGCCGUAAAAAAGCUUAACUCGACGCUUCUUUGUUCAAAUGUUUGGUCGAACAAUUCGGGAAUCCCUCCAAAUGAAUACUUCCAAGUAGCGAAAGUCUCCGAUUAGAUCUUUCUUUUCUGAAAUGUUUUGAUCGAAGUUCUUUAAAGCAGUAAAAGAACUGUUCUUUGCUGUAGAACUUAACUUAACUUAACUUUCUGGAGUAAUCUGGCUAUUAAUAUCUUUUCAACUGCACGCAGUGACCUUUGCUUUACCUUCCAUUUUAGAAGACAUUUUGAAUCAAGAAUUUAAAAAGUCCGGGAAAAUCCGGUGGUGCCAGGCUCCCACGCGGUAUGAAAUUAGGCAAUACUCGUACUCGUCGCUUGCCAAAACGUGGCUUUCUACAAGAAAGAGGGGAAGGGGGGCGUGAAUAGGAGUAUGCAAGUCCGCCGAUCCGUUAUAAUUUAUUAACCAAAUCCGACCUGCCAUUUUCGCCCUGAAUCUACCUGAAUCCGAAAUCCAGGCAAAAAAAUUUUCAAUACACGGAAAGUCCAAAAUCCGGGCCCAAAAAAUAGAUGAAUCCGCAAUCCGCUGGAAUUGCAGGAUCCGGAAAUCCGUGAAAAUCUCGCUUUGAAUCCGAAAUCCCGACAAAAAUAUUUUCAAAAUCCGCCUAUCCGUUCGCCUAUUCACCCCGCUCAAGGAAUAGGAUUUCUCCCGGGAUUAAAGUUUUCUAGGACUACAAACGAGAGAGGCUCGAUUUCGAGGGCCAUACUGGAAAUCGAGGCAAAUGCGGUGAUAUACAUUCAUACAUCAAAUAUCUCAAAUGAGGCUAGCUUCGGGCACAGGCAACCCAGGCAGGCACGUACGCGACCUGAAUUAGUCUGCUGCGAAGCCUGGUAGCUUCGCAGCAAAAGUAUUAUCUGUAAUAUGACAUGUGAGAUUACUUGGCCAUAUCAUGAUUAUAACAUAUUUAACUGUGUACAACUGACUGGUGUUCAAGAUAGCACCCUCACCCGUCACCCCUACCCUCACUCUCCUCUAAUAAUGCCAACAAUGAUUUGGAUCAAAACCCAUCAAUCAUAAGUGAGGUCCGUGAAACAUCAAUCAUCAACAACCAGGUUGGCUAACAAAUACUAAAGUCCCACUCAAUAAAUCGUCAAAUGAAGACCUGUAGUACGGGGUAGAAACGUCGCGAUCAGUAUCUCAGAGGCAAUCGUAAGACAAACGAUAAACUAAACCCUUUAUUAAUCUUUAUACUAAUUAACUUGCUGUGAUCUUUCUUGUUUCCAUCGACCCAGUUGGUGGAGCAUGACAAAGCUCCUUACCUGGUCUUUGUUAGGAAUAGCGGAGUUGGACCCUUUGGACUCAGUGGACAGUACAUCACUGAUUAUUGUGCACUUUCUUUUUGGAACAUUUCUUGUCUUGGGAGUCAUUCUGCUCGUUAAUAUGAUGAUAGCUAUACUGUCUAACACUUACCAGCGAGUUGAGGUAACAUCGACGGCAUAGCUAUAGCUAUUGUAGGCCUGCAAUUUUGAAAUGUUUAGGACAUUUUGUAAUGCAUUAGUCUAGAAGUAUAAAGUUUUUUGGGGUAUAGGGCAAUAUGCAAAAUGACAGCGUGAUAACAAAUGAUAUUUUUAUUUUUGAAACUAAUCUUCAAGAAGUUAUAUGUUCUAAACGUCCUUAAAGUUCUUAAAAGGAACCUCCACUUCAACAAAAAGAUAACUUUAAAUCACAGGAAAUAACUGUUACAGUCAAGUCAAUCUAAAAUAUUUUUAAAGAAAGCUUUUGUAUCCGAAAGAAAUAACUUUUAGAUUCGCCUAUUUUUGUUUUCAAAUUUUGCGGGCGUCGCCAUCUUGAAUAAUUGUGACGUGUAAUGGUUGCCCUAUUGUUAUUAAACAAAAGCUCUUUGUGUCAGAACCGCCCGCGAAAUUUGAAAGUGAAAAUAAGCGAUUUUAAAAUUCACUUUUCCUGAUAUAAACACUUUUUUUAAGACAAAUUUCGAACAAAUUUGUUUAUCAACGUAAUUUUAUUCGAUUUAAACUUAUUCUGUAGUAAGAGUGGAGGUUCCCUUUAAUUGGUCCAGGCGCGAAAAAGGUACAUGAAAGCACUGUCAAUUUCCAAGAUAUCGUCGAUAGCUCCUGCAUAAAAGCAAACAAGAAAAAUUUUAACCCUGUUGUUUAGCGUUAUUUCAAUUUUCCAUUUAAGCAAGGAACCUUAAAUAGCAUCCGAAACUAAAUCACGCAGGAAGUUAAGUUGGCGCAACAGAGAAUGAUCUAAGAGAGCGAAUCCCCCAUACAUGACCCUCUUUCCAUGAAAAUUAUUUUCAAUCUAUUCUUGGUUCUGUGUCAUACUGCGUGGUUAUUUUAAGGACGCCACCUUAUUGGUCGGUUAGAGUGGCGUCAUGUAAUUUUAAAAUUGGCGGGUGAUUUAUUUCACUGCCGAUCACGCACAGCAAGCGAUAUGACGUGCAAACUUGUUAUUACUUUCGUCGACGAGUCAAAAGAUUUAUAGUGGAAAAAUCUGGCCAGAGUAGCUGACGAAGAGCAAAACGGUCCUGGCUUGUGGGAGUUCGCUGGAGAAAGCGGUUCCGACUCGGCGAAAACUGCUUAUUGAGGUCUUCCCCACAUCAAUAUAUAAACAACCAACAUCCUAUUGCAAAAAACGACAACUGUCUCGUCCGGCGACAUCCACGAUUACCCGCGAGCUGUGAUACCGUCGUUUGGAUCCAACCGUGGACACGUAAGGAGAAAAUAGGUUCAAAGUGGGUUCAAACAUAAUGUUUGGCCGCGAUGUUUGUGAGGACGCUAGACAAAUGUGGGCACACCGCUCACUAUAAAGAAUUGACCGAAACCAGAAACCGCAUCAAAACUCUCUGGCAUCCAGGUUAGCAACUGUUUAACAGCUUGAAGCAUCUGACCUGAUUUGUGUUUGCACAACGAAAUAUUCAUCGCAAGUAUUAGACGUUAAGAAGAAGUAAUGCAGUUUGAAACGCUGAAGAAUAAUUCUUAAAAGCAAAUGUACUGCUUCUGAACGAAAAAUAUUCCUGGAAAAAGAGAAAAUAUAUCUUGCACAUUUGCAUGAACAAUUGAAGCCAGCCACUAAUUAAAAGUUUCGUGUUUCGCGCGUGAUAACCUUUGCCACUGGCUUUCACAGUGUGUCAGAAUUCAAUAUUCGUCACUUUAAAUGAGACACCAGCCGUUAGAAAAUCUCAAUCUUUAAUCUGAAAGUGAAAUUUUGACUCCAUACUGCAAUCCCUUUGUAAAUGAAAUUCAUUCCUAAAUUAUGAGCGGAAAGCGCUGAUCAAAAACAGGUCAACAACAGGAGCCGAUUAGUAUCGGCUCCUGGCGCUAAUUACUAUAAUGGCUGACAAACUUCAAACGUUUUGUGGCGAAACAUGUCACGUUCACGUAAAAGUAGACCGCGCGGGUCACGGAAACAACAGACAAAAAUAGCCUUCACAGCACCCGCGCGAACUUUAAAUAGAUUUUAAAAAAUUAUCAUGGGGCACAGGGAUUCGCUCUCUUAGCUCAUUCUCUCUUGGUUGGCGCGAAUCGAUUGACAGUUAGAUAAACAUCCUUGGACGAAGAGAGUCGCGCGAUUGUUGGCGAAAUAAAAAAUCUGUGUUGGUUUGUUUUGCAUUUCUUGAAGUUAACUUAAAGCGGAAACCUGAGGACAAACACCAGUUAUGUCUUAACAAUUUGAGUAUGCAUUGUGUAAGAUAUUUUUACGGUAGCAGCUAAUAGAGAGUAAAUAUUUAUGGUUUUCUUUUUCGUUUUGUUGAGGAUAACUCCUUGAAAGAAUGGUCGUUCAAGAAAGCCAUAACGAUCCAGACCUACAGCACUUACCAUCCAAUACCGGUACCUUUUAACCUGAUAUCACAGUUCUUUCUUUUGACAAAAUGGUUGUGCCUUCUGUGUGCAAGGCAAUGCUGUGGAAGACAACCGGAGAAGAAAGUGAGUAACUUUGUACAUGACAAAAACUGUGUUACUUGGUUUAUGUUUUGGAACAGUAAAAACACCCGCAAAACCAACUUCCCCUCUUGUCAAAUAGGAAGCAAAGUGAAAUUAAACAAGAACCACCAAUCCCUAAGUUCCACCUGUACACAACAGUGAUUUUUGAUUUCACAAGAAGCUUUUUUGCCUCAAAGUUUUCCUAACAUCAUAUAUACGGGAGACUAUAUGUCAAUGUGUCACCAGAACCUGUUACGCAUGGUUUGCAAUGGGAGAGAGCAUAGUUAGAGAGAGAGAGAGAGAAGAGCGGGGAGGGGAAUUUGACUCAAAACAUGUCUUUUAGGGGCUGCCCACACUUGGUGCCUGAGAACUAGUACCUGGGUACCGGCAAAAUUGUGUUCUGUUCACACCUUGGGUGCUCGAUGGGUAACUGUUCAGUGGCGGAUACAGGGGAAGGAUCGGGGGCGGACCCCCCCUCCCAUCAGACAUGACGCUUGUUUGAGACUGAAAUUCUUACAUCUACAAGAUCGUAUAUCACUUUUUAUUAAAUUUUCAACCUCGGAUAAUGCAUUUCUAGCAUUCUGAUUGGUUCACUCAAUCUCGGUUAUCAGCUUAUAAACCUUAGUUUGACCUUAUAUGGUAAACGUUUAUGCUGAGUGUGCCAAGCUAAGAAUAAUUUCUGCACAGAGUCCUUGACACAUAGCGAUCAAAGCUUUCCCCAGUGUUCUUACAAUUGCAAUGUACAGGUGCACAAUUAUUACACUUCUCCUUGACUUUAACUUUGAAGUCUUAAUUUUUUCUCAGCUUGUCGAGAAUUAGGCAUCCUUUACGAGUAGAAUUCAAGUACACGGUAAGGGGCCAAGGAAUUUUAACGUGCAACUGACUGGUGGGAAGGAGUGUGGGGGAGAAGUAAUUUGCCACAAAAACGUUCAACAGUCCUUUCUGAACCAAAGUUGGACCCCCCAUCAAAAAUUCCUGGAUCCGCCCCUGCUGUUUACAGUUUUCAGACUUCCUUUCCCCACUUUCGACACCAUUUUGAGAAGUGAAUAGCACACAGGGAUUAAUUGCCUACGUUAGUACCUGAGAACAAGGUCUCGGCGUGGGUAAUUGAAAAAAGGGUAAGUGUCAACACUUACCGCUGUCUUAAAAACUUAUAGUGGCACGGGCGUCGAUUAAACACUGGACAUUCACGUCUGAAAUCCAACAUUCUAACUUCUUGGCCAUCGCCAGCCACUAAAACAGUCCUUAGAAAACCCUAUACAAAUCAACUUAGCCGCUUCGUAUGUCAAACGUUUGCCGGCUAGACUUAUUUAUUUUGUCGAAAUCUAGAACAACAGAAAAUCUCGUGUCUAUAGAUUUGAAGUAAAGCCUCUAAGGGGCUAACCGUUAUGCCCCGGCGUCUCUAUCCUUUGUUCUAGCAUCUUACAUGUCAGACAUGAACUACUGGUUUGUUUAUUUUCUAGAAUUGUUUCAACAAGAAGUCUUUAAAUGGUGUGGUAGAAACUCUCGAAAAUGAGUACUUUUCAAGAUAUAGAUACUCCUUUCCUCUGACAGGUACAAGUUAAGAUGAUUUUUCUAAAAAAUACAGUACGCAAUGUCUUUACAUAGGUUAGGAGUAGGAUUUUAGACACUUUAGACUUCACAUACUUUCUUUCGAAAAAACCUGCUGUAUACUCUCAAUUGGAUUUAACAGAGCCCUACAAUGAUUUUCUGAUAUACAAUGUAUCGAAUACUACAGAAUGUACGGAAGCCGUCUGCAAGUAGGCUGUAGGGGAAACCGAAAUGAAAAUCAGCAUUGGUGGGUUGAACUGAAAAUUGCCUAAAUUUGAACAAUAAUAAAACAGCUAAGCGCUACAAAAUUAUGUCUAGUUUUCGUUUUCAUUUUGACAUGUUUAUGUUCAGUUAUAGAUCGAAGAUGACGUCAAAAUGUGGAAAGAAAAUUCAGUGACCAAGUUGCCUAAACGUCAUGAGUCAUUUACCGCAUUUUGACGUCAUCUAGGAACGUACUUUUACCGAACAGACACAUCGGGCAAAUUAGAAUCUUGUAAGUAUUGUUAAACAGUUGCGCCACGGCACCCGAACAAGUCAAGACUAUAGAGCACUGGUAGUUCAGUAUUCGCUUGCGGAAAAGUGCAUUCUAAUAAAUUACAGUUUCGGUGGUUAUGUUUACAAGGACAUAAAAGUUUACCGAACAAAUCAACUGAACUGGGAUAAAAAAAGGCACGGAUGAAAUUUAAGGCUGCGUGCAAACGGGCGCAACAACUCUCAACAUUAUUGGCGCAACAAUGUUGGGAGUUGUUGCGUGCGUGUUGGCAGUGGUGUGCAAACGGAAGCAACAACUCCCAACAAUGUUGGGACCUGCAGUGCAUCGUGGGAAGAAUACAACCCAUAAGUCUUUGUAAACCAUGCGUAAUGAGCGUGCGUGGCCCCAUUAACGUUGGGAGAGCUGUGCAAACGGAUGCAACAUUGUUGCGCUACGCUUCGGUGGUCACGGAACAGAAGAAAUUAUGGGAGUUGUUGGCUGAAAAGUUUGACCAGUUUCAAACUUUGCGCAACAACACGCAACAACAUCCAACAACAUGCAACAGGGCGUGCAAACGAACGCAACAUGUAACAUCCAACAAUGUUGGGACUUGUUGGCCAACAAUGUUGCGUCCGUUUGCACGGGACUUAAUGCUCUUGGAGAAAUGCCGCAAUUUGUUUAAGAACGGUCAUGAAAUUCACCGAACUUUGGUGGCCUCUUUAGAGGUGAGAAGAUCGUUUUGCUGGCAGAAGAAAACACACUACCAAGUUUACGAAAAUUCUUGUGGCGCACUCGAGAAAGACUCUACAUGAAUCGAGUAAGAUCGUUUUUGAUGAGCAUGCGCUGCAUGUUGCUACGAUACAGUUUUGAGAGCAUGUCUACUAGCCUUGCGCUUGGUACAGCGAAUUCAGUUAUGAUAGUCGAUUUAUCAAAAGAUAAAUGCUCGCACUCUAAUUAAAAAAUAUAGUUUGACAGGAGAACAUAAUUUACUAGUCCAGCCGCGCUAUAGUCUCCGUUCAGAUAUCCUAGUUUAAGGUCGCCCGAAACUGUUUAUUAGCGUGGAACGAUUUCAGUGGCAGAUCCAGGGGAGGAGCCCGGGAGCCCCGCCCCCCUUAUUUUAAGACCAAAAAGGGCGGAAAAAAAUUUUGACAACUUUAAGAAUCUGUUAUCUGUUAUUUAGGCAUAAAAACGUGUCAGAUUUCUGCAUUUCUUUAAAAACCGCAUUUUUCAAAAAUGUAAUUACAGAUUUUUCCCUAACAUCAGCAAAGAAGGACCAGAGCUCUCUAGUUUCAUAUCCGCAAGUUUGAAGUCAAUCCUGACCAUACAACUGGCUGCACAAAAUGCUGGUCAAAUUUAACCUUUAAUUGCUACAAUAACACAAGUUGACACACAAGUAGUUUGAUUAGAGCGCCGACGGAAUAUCUCCCAUGUGAAAGGGUAUUCUUACCCAAAGCUUCAUUACAAGAAACAAAGUAAUAUUUUUUUUUCUGAUUUGUUUCGAAACGAAAGGGACAAAGCAAAGUAAGUUUGAUGAGUAGGCGAAUCUUUGCUGACGUCAUUGUUUACAUUUUUGCUCAUUGGCAUACGACUUAACUCAUAGAAGCCGUGGCCGUAUACAGCUAUUUCGAGAAAGGUUGUCGGAAAAAAUGCACGCGACAAUCCCGAAAGGCAUUGUGGGUGGUUUUGAGUUCACAGUUCUUCACAGAAAUUUGAAAGAAUUGGCACGAAAGGCCAUGGCAAUGUUCUUUUGAGUGCUAAAGGAAAGCAACAAAAGUAGGUUCGACAGCUAAAGUCGUCAGAAACAGUGUAUCGAUCAUAUCCCAUAUUACCUUUCGGGAUUGUCGCGUGCACAUUUUUCCGACAACCUUUCUCGAAAUAGCUGUAUAUGAAUUAAAUGCAAAAGUCGAAAGAGCUGAUAAAGUUGGGCAAUUUGUGCAAUUGUCAGCUCUUUGCCAGCAAUAUUGAAGGAAAUAUCAGCCAUCAAAAACUGCGAAAUUGCUGUGGCGAAAAAGUUAAUGGCCAUACAUUCUCUGUAAAAUUUCGAGUUUUUAGAAGAGAAUUUCUCCGAAACCAUUCGAUGUAUUGGGCUCAUAUUUUCAGAGAUAACUGAAACUGUUAUGUCCUUUCAAUAUUCAGAGUUUUUAUUUUAUCAGCGUCAUCAGACAGUGAUAAGUAUAUGUUAAUGAGGAAAAAAGUGUAAACAAAGAUUCGCCGAAGUUCUUUAAUCUCACCCUUCCUUUCAGCAUAAAGUAGUUCUUCUUGUAGUGCAAUCUGUAUUCGCCGUAGGUUUCUGAUUACAGCAGGGCUGCAAUGGCUGUGGCCCCAGUUCUUGAAACCGUAGUUAGUUACUAACUAUGUUGAAACCAAGCUUUUGCGAAACUUGCCCAGUAUUUUCAAGCUGCUUGAAUGUUAAAUUAGUGCUUAUUUUUUUAAAUUUUUUUUGCUAUAAAGAUGAAACAAAAAUGGACCAUGUCCUUCAGGAAACUGAGAAAAGUCGACAAAUGGCAAAUCACAUCGCUUACACGACAUUUGUAGCUCAUGGUGUGAACAAUGGCAUCUUACCAAUAGGUCCAGAGGUAUGUCUCCACAACACGCCCAGCCGACCACCGAACUAGAUUUUCUUGUUGAUGUUGUUGCAAUUAAGGUUCUCUCUUUGGUUCAAUUUAAUAGAACUUCUACAAGAGUAAUUUUUAAAGGGAAGCUGUUGUCUUCAAUACCAAAACGCAAGAGCAGUUGUCAGUAAUUAUCGAGAAUCCGGUGCCGGGUUAACAAAUUUUUUUUUUUCCAACAAAAACUCUUCUAGUAAACUUCAUUCAAAAAUAAUAUUCACAAGAAAAUUUUAAAAAACUAGAGCAAGUACCUUGACAAGCAAUAAUGAUAUGAUGAUGAGAUUCAAAAAACGGUUAAAAUCUACUAGCAAGUCAGAAAAAAUAGCUGAUAAAAGACGUCAUAUCGCUCCAUCACAACAGGAUCCCCAUUAGGGCCCCUGAACCAUUGUACCAUUCCCACCAAUACCAAAAUCCUUGGAUUGAGCGCUUAACUAAUUCUUUGUACUUGGAAAUUGCCCUCAACGACAAAAAACAAAGCAAAAACGGUAAAUUUCCUUCUAACUAUAAGGCAAGCGCAAUCGAUUUGAUUUUGAAAAGCAAACUUCCCUCCGUAGAUAAGCCCCUCCGAAUAUCAGCCCCUCCAAAAAUAAGCCCCUCAAAAAAGGCCUUUGAAAAAUAUUAGCCCCGGGGCUUAUUUUCGGAGUUUUACGGUAUGGUUCGCAUCACUAGUAUGCAUGUUUCGUGCUUUAAUCUCAAUCGACAACAACUUCUUUCAGGCCUGGAUAAGCCAGGGUAUCAGAAUCCAUGGAAAUCUCUUAAUUUGUGAAGGAAGCGCGUUUUGCUCCACAUGUAUAGAUGAUCCUGCAGAAUAUCACGGCGCCAGAUACAAGUACCAUUUAUCUCCCAGUUUUCCCCAUUUUGAGGUGCGUAUACAUAAUGAUUUCAAUUUCACGAAGUACUUCAAUGACCUAAACGUUGUGUUUUUUCGUUAGAAAUAAUUCAUUUUGAUCACUAGAACUCGUUGUUUCAACUAGCAAAAACAUCAUCUAUCUCAUAUGGAACAUUAGUAUAUACACACUCAGUGAUGUUGGUGAUUUAAGCAAUCUGAUUGGUUCGCUAUCUCGGACUAUUUAACAAUUAUUAAAUGAGGCUGAGUAUCAUCUGAAGAGUUGUGGAGAUCUCGAAGGGUGUUAUCCGCCAAGGCCGUACGCCAAGGCAGAUAACACCCUCCUCGAUCUGCAUAAUUCUUUAGAUGAUUCUCAGCAGAAUUCAAUAAUUAUUUUAUUAUUCAUUUAAAAUAAUUCCUAGUUUAAAAGCAAGCUAAAACAUGCUUACCUCCAUCGAUAGUGCACGUUAAUCGGCAAGUUUAGAGGAUAAAAGGUUGUUCAGCCCCGCAAACAUUCUCUAAAUAGCAUAUGUCGCCAUUCGAGUUGUCUUCUUGCAGUUCUUGCUAUGUUUUUAGCCAAUAGUUCGCCUAUUUCUUCCUGCUGAAACGAGUGAAACGUGCCGCUAGUUUGGUAUCACUACCAAAAUAACCGCAACUUCGUCUCCAGGUCUUCUCGGUUGACGGUUCAAUAGUCUGCAACAUUGCUGCACUUUUGACGUCAUCAGUUCAAUAUGGCAAAAUUCCUUUAAAUUUGGUCAACGGUACCUAGUUCUGAUGAAGUAUGCGUGUGAUUUUAGCCAAUCAGAAACGGAGAAAUAAUUUGAAUGAAUAAUAAUCAACAAUAUUCACCUCCUAGCGAGUGGAUAAUGUAUGAGCUCGGUGUUCUUCCUGUUUUUGAAGAGAACGACCUUUUAAAAGUGGACAAAAUCCUAGGGUUGACAUUUUUUAAAGCAAGAAAAGACUUUGAAGCAUAACUGAAUUUUUUGCCCAAUGCAAUGUUCACAACUCCCUUUUAUUCUAGUAGGAGACUGGCCGUUUCGUGAACUCAGCGUUUCCUAACAAGAAACAUUUUGCCCAAUUUAUUUAUUAUUUAUGACAAAAAAAAAGGAAAGCAAAUGUUUGCAGAAAUUCUAGGUUUCAAGGAAAUAGAACAAAGAAUGAUACAGGACUUCAUCUGAAGAACGACAAAACAAACCUUUUUGGUUAUAAACUUGGGGAGUUACCAGAAAAUAACAAAGCGCUUUUUUUCUUCUCAUGGUACCUCGAAGCAUUUCAACGAGUCCAAAUUUAAAAUGACGAAAACGUAAGAACAUUUAUUCAGUAAUCUGACUCCGUGAAGUUUCAAAUCCGUGUCAAAAGCUGAGUGAACUGCAGCCAAAAAGUGCCUGGUUAAGGCUUACAUAUCAACUUAAACAGUUAGCAAAACACUACUUUUUGCGGUCCGAUAAACGACAGGAUUUCGCAUAGAAUAGACGACAAACUGAUUGAAACGUAGAACACAAACUACCACCUUCUUCUCCGCAAAAACCGGCCUAAAUGGUUCAAAGCCAAGAGCCCGCUGAAACUAGACCUAGACCCAAUUUUCCUGAGUCGAGAAUUGGUUUUUCGAGGCACAAUCAGCUAAGCCAAACACCGACGAAACGUUGUUAUGGCUCACACGGAAUAUUUUGGUGCAACAGCAACCUCGUUCCCAGGGUUCUCUCCUACUCUCUCUCGCUCCCUAGGGUGGGUAGGAGAGGACCCUGGGAACGAGGUUGGUACAACAGCUCAACAACGCGAUCGACCACAUACCUGUCAACACCAUGCGGAAAUCACACAAUCACACACUUUCGCGGCACUGAUACAACUAUCCACAACAACGCAUAAUCUUCUCACGUUUAACACAAGAGAAAUAUCAUCAAAUAACGCGAAAAAAACUCAGCCUACUAGCAAAUAAGCACUUCUUGACUUUUCUCUUACACUCGUCUUAUUCAAGUUCCCGGAUGCACGGUCGAACGGUUCACAGACCAGCAUAGACGCUGUCUAUGGCCUGGGUCAAAGUUAACCUGCAAUUUUGUUCUCGCCUAAUUCAUUUGACUCCUAAAAGCCUGUUCCCGAAGCCAAAGACUUAGUGGUCCCCUUAAAAAGCGAACAAUGUCGUACCUUUCUGUCUCAGCCCUGAUCAGGAUGAUUGAUCUGUUUAGCCAAAUGAAACGAGAAUACAACACGAUAUUGGACGAUACAGUCUCUGCGAAUCGUGUUAACUUUGUCCCAUCGACCUCAGAGCUUUACCUGAUGCUCUCCGGGAAACUUUUCUCACGGUCACCAAUAGCGAAAUGUAAACUGCUCAACGGCACCGAACCAGCUUUACGACCGCACUGACUACAAAAAACUGUCGCUUGUGUUAGACAGAGAAUUGUGGGUAGGAGCAUAAAAAGGAACCAAAAAGGGAGGGGGUGGUUCGAUAGAAAUUUUCGAAAUUCUGUCUACAGCCACUUCAACACAAAUCCCUAACCACCAAAGAAAUACAAAAACAAAAAAAACGACAGAAGCAAACAGCACAGUAAACAAGCUAAGACUGAAAAAGUUGACUCCGUUUAGCCAAAUGAAACGAGAAUAUAUAACAAUUAUUCACCGAAGGGGAGGUGGCUAGUCGUGAUAAAAUACCCAGAUGCGAGGUAGCGAGGUAAAUUUCCACCACUAGCCACCGACACUGAGGAGAAUAAUUGUUUUAGUAUAUACUAAAACAGUGAGAUAAUUGAGCACAAAAAUGAUGAUUUUUAACUCAAAUAUUGUUGCCAACGAUUACAAUUUUGGCGCCUAAUGACCGAACGGUCGCGGCCGUCGCUUUUUCUUGCCGACAAAUAAAACUUUUGAAGGCAUUUGUUUAGCUCUUGCGGAAAAAAUUUCUUCAAAAGGAGUUGUGAAUUCUUUUUGUACUUAAAAAUCAUUCUGUAAAAAAAGAUUAUUAAAUUUAGCUUUAAGCUUAUUUAUGAACAAGUCAACUAAAUAAAGUAACGCAAGACUUAAGCUUAAUUUGCGUUUGUAAACAUAGAACCUUUUAACCGGUUUUAUCGAUUAAUUCGAGUCAAAAAAACAAAGCUUUACCUGUUAAAACUUCCAAACCGAACUUCAUCACCUUCUCCGUGUAUUUCGGGAACAGCUUGCUUGAUUAGUUGUGAAAUUUCUUUGUUUGUUGCGGCAGCAAACCAGGAAGGCAUUUUGCUUGCAACUUACGUGAGUUUGGCGUCGCUCGCUCGGAGGAACUGGAGGGGAAUCAGUGAAUAGUGCAGGAUAUUCACUGAUUGAGUAGCCAAUCAGAGCGAGCGAAAAACAUUAUUCACUGUUUUAGUAUAUACUAAAAUACGAUAUUGGACGAUGCAGACUCUGCAAUCUUAAUAACUUUGUCCCAUCUCAGAGCUUUACAUGAUGCUCUCCGGGAAACUUUCUCAAGGUGACCAAUAUCUAAAAGGAAACUGCUAAACGGCACCGAAACCAGCUUUAGGCGCGCACUUAUUUCAAAUAACUGUCACUUGUAUUAAAGAGAGGAUUGUGGGUAGGGAGAAAAAAAUAGGAAGGGAGGGGGGUUAAGAUAGUAAUUCUGUCUACAUCCACUUCUACACAAAUCCCUAACCACAAAACAAGUAAAAAAACGACAUAAGUAAACAACACAGUAAACAAGCUAUUGGACAGGGGAAGUUGAGAAAAAUUGCCAAAUGUUUGCUAACCCGGUUUUCAUAACUCCAGGUAGAUAUACAUAAAUUCAUUGUAAAACAUGUGCAUGAAAAAACCAUCCAUUAUACCUAUCAGCCUCCAUCAGCCUCUAAAAUUAAAAAGUUUUUCACAAUGUUUCUAAAAAAAUUAACUCUUCCAGGCUCUAAUGAUAUAAUAUAUAAUAAUAUAUAUAAUAAUUAGCAAUUCCUUCGGCCUCGGUUGAUGACACCCUCCGAGAUCUGCAGAAUUCUUCAUAUCCUACGAAAGCCGAAUUCAAUAAUUGUUUUAUUAUCCCUUCAAAAUAAUUCCAAGUUUAAAAACAAGCUAAAACAUGCUUACCUCGGUCGAUGUAAGUUCAUAUCGAUAAUGCAUCUUUAUCUGGAAGUUUAGGAGAAUAGGGUCUGCUCAGGUCUGCAAGUAUACUCCAUAUAGCAGAUGUCCGUGGAGUUGUCUUCUUGCUGUUCUUGCGGUGUUUUUAGACUAGAUCUGCUAGAUAUUUUUAAUCUUGAUUGUUUGAUUACGGAACCAACUCGCACAACAAAAACAACUGAAACACUGCUGGACUUAAUCCUGACGAAUGACAAGAAAAAGGUCUUAACAUCAGGCGUGGUAGACACGCAACUUAGUGAUCAUUCGUUAGUUUAUACUAUCCUGCGAUCAUCAGCACCAAGGACUCGAUCUCGCAAGAUUUGUUUUCGUAGUCUGAAAAACUUCAGUCGAGAGAACUUUGUGCAUGAUAUGCAAAUUGUGCCUUUCCACAUAAUUGAUUUGUUUGAUGAACUUGAUGAUAAGCUUUAUGCUUUUGAGCAAUUGUUUCUAAGUGUUCUCAAUGAGCACGCACCUAUCAAGCAAACAAUGAUACGUGGUAAUCAGGUGCCUUAUAUGACGGAACAACGGAGGAGGGCGAUCAGGCAUCGCAACAAACUGUGGAAAAAAUUCACGCGCAAUCGUACUGAUGCAAAUUACGAGGCAUACAAAACUCAACGUAAUACCUGCACCUCUCUUAGGCGAAAAGCAAUAAAACAACACUUCGCGAGGAAAACAGCAGACACCGAACACCCGCGCGAAUUCUGGUCUACUUUCCGCCCCUUUUUGCAUACUAAAAGUAAGCAAGCCAAUGACAUUAUCUUGAAAGAAAAUGACAGGAUUAUUAGUGACAAAAAGGAGAUUGCCAAUCUGCUUAAUGACUACUUUGUUCACAUUGCUGACAGCAUGCCUGAAAUACGAGCAGAGGAUUACGGUGAGGAUUAUGCAAAUCAUCCCAGCAUCAAAGCAAUCCAUGAACACAGGGGCUCUAGUGCUCCAGCUUGCUUCAGUUUUCGUCGCGCAAGUGAAACCCAGGUUGAGCUAUUACUAAAAGAGAUCAAUGUACGUAAGUCACCUGGUCACGAUAUGAUCCCACCAAAGUUGAUUAAAGAAGCGGCAGCUGUUAUUGCGCGGCCUAUAACAAGUAUAAUAAACUGUUGCAUUGAACAUUGCUGUUAUCCUGCUAGCUGGAAGAUGGGCAUGGUUACUCCCUCUGUACAAAAAAAGACGACGAGUUUUGUAAGAUCAACUAUAGGCCCGUAACUGUGCUCCCUGCUCUAAACAAUAUUUUUGAAAGGCUUCUAUCGGGGCAGAUGUAUGAAUUUUACAAUGGGGUCUUAUCAGACUUCAUAAGCGCUUAUAGAAAGUUUUAUAGUUGCGAGACCUCUUUGCUAAGGUUGACCGAGGACUGGAGAAUGAUGCGUGACAGGGGGGAGCUUGUUGCGGUAGUCUCUAUGGAUCUCUCCAAAGCGUUUGAUGUUAUUCAGUAUCCACUCCUCCUUUCGAAACUGAGGGCCUAUGGUAUGGACGACAAAAGUUGUGCCCUAAUUAGGAACUAUCUCUCUAGCAGAACUCAGAGAGUUAAAGUUGGAGACACCUUUUCGACCUGGGAAAGCGUCAAGCGUGGGGUCCCGCAGGGGAGUGUGUUAGGUCCCAUGCUAUUCAACAUUUUCAUAAACGAUCUUUUCUUCCACGUCAAGAAGGCCAAGUUGAACGCUUAUGCGGAUGAUCAUCAGGUAUACUACUCCCACGUCGAUCCGGCGGCUCUGGAUGCAUGCGUAUCUCAUGAUGUUGGCGUGGCCAAUCAGUGGUACCAUGAAAAUGGGAUGUUAGUUAAUGAGAGCAAGCACCAGUGUCUAAUCCUCGGUGAUACGGAGUAUGGUUUUUCCUUCCCAGUAAAGGACACGUUAGAGAUUUUUGGAAUGGAAAUAGAUAAUAAUCUGAAUUUUUCUAAACAUAUAUCAAAUGUAUGCAAAAAGAUUAAUAAUCAAUUUAAUGUUAUGUUGCGCUUUAGAAAACUCAUACGCAAGGAAAUCUUAUUCAAACUUUACAAAGCGUAUAUUUUACCUCACUUUUAUUAUUGCUCCUCUGUCUGGCACUUUUGUGGAGCGCGCGAUGCGGAUAAGCUCGAAGCUUUAAAUAAAAGAAUACUUAGAUUUAUACUUGAGAUUACUCGUCUCCAUACAACACUCUUCUCUCAAAAGUCAGCUCUACUUCUUUGUUUAACAAACGCAUUCAAAAUUUCCUCAUUCUGUUAUAUAAGAGUUUGUUUUUCACUCAUUUUCCUACUUAUAUGAAGAAUAUGUUUUCACUCCGGUCCUCUUCCUAUGAUCUUCGUGGCAACUACAUUCUUUCACUAAGUAAACCUAAAACAACUACCUGUGGUCUUAACUCCUUUUCUUACUUUUCAGCUAAGCAGUGGAAUGCACUGCCGGACUUUUUUCGUACCAGUUUUUUUGCAGACUUUAAGACUAAAAUACAGGAUGUUACCUUCAUGUAGAUUCUUUUUGCCUGACAUACUUAAACUUAAAAUUGUGAAUUGUAAAUGAUAUUUUCUUUCCUUGCAUUUAAUGUAUAUAUAUAUUUUCUAUAUAGUUUUUAUGUAGUGUCAGCUCGAAGAUAUUAGCUUGUUAGCUACUCUAAAAUUCGAGUUUAAAUAAAGUUUUAUGUUAUGUUAUGUUAUGUUAUGUUAUGUUUAGACAAUAUUUCGUAGUGAAACGAGUAAAUGUUCCGCGACAGUUCCGCCAUUUUGUACUAACUACUAAAACAACCCAACCUCGUCCCCUGGUUUUCUCGGUCAACGGUUCAAUAACCUGCAACCAGGCUGCACUUUUGACUUCAUUUUAACAACAGCAGCUGGAUUUUUGACAAUGUUAUCACCAAACGGACCUUUUGCGUCCAAAAGUUUUUUUCUCCAAAGUAGCUAUUAUAAACCUAAGAGUGCAACUAUUGCUUUUUUUGGCUUCUCUUCUCCUUUCCUUCUCCUCGCUCUUUCUUUUUCUCCUUUCCUUUUCCUUCGUUGCUGUGGAUUUGGAGCUUCUCGGGCUUAAGAAACCUGCCUUUUGACGCCUUUUCACUCAAAUAACUGCAAAUUUCGUUAGGUUGGUUUUCAAAAAAUGGGUUAGAUAUAAUAUAUAUAAUUUAUAAUAAUAAUAUCAUAUGUAAUAAUAAUAAUAAUAAUAAUAAUAAUAAUAAUAACCUGUUGGAGUGCAAGCAGCAAGCGCUAUUACUCGCAAAAUCGGAGAAUCCGCCAGUCAAGGAUAAUGGAAGAAGAAAGGGGUAUAUGAAACUUACGAAAGAACUAUGGGAUCAAAUGGGACACGAAGAUCUGGGGUUCACGAAGCAGAAUUUACGAGACCAAGCCGCUCGACUUGAAAAAUCUUUAGGCAGCGUAACUAGAACUAUCACUGACGGAAUAAAAGCGCACAGAGGUGGAGAUGCAGCAGAAGGGGCUUUAAACAACGGACGCCAAAUAGCAAAAAAUGCUGAUCAAAGAAGAACCGAAUUUGUAUACAACCCUGACCCAAAAUCAACAGCGUGACAAUGGUGAUCUUUUCUCACAACCGGAUUUGUAUACAACCUUGACCCAAGAACAACAGCUUAACAACGGUGAUCAAGAAAGGUGUAGCUUUUUAGAGCCAGCAAACAGGAUAAUGGAAGCAACUAGAAACCACCCUGGAGACCAUUCCCAACGUGACAUUGACACCAGGACAAAAGAAACACCAUCAACAAAAGACUUGGAAGAGAUCAACGAAGCGAUUAAGUUAUUAAUGGAGCGCUAAAGACAAAAAGAGGCAAGCAAAGUUAUUCCGUAUCAGAUUGGAAGAUGAGAGCCUAAGCAUAACCAGCUGCUUUGCUUGGUUAAAAGGUUGGGCUACAUGCCUUACGUAAACCAUCGCGGGCAUGUAUGAACUGUAUGAGCAGUUGUUACCUACGAAGCUGUACACAAAGGAGAAGACGCAAACCUCCACCGACGGCGAAGUCCUAUGCAGGUUAUGUGGGAAGGUAGCUGAGAGCGUAGCACAUGUACUGGCUGGAUGUUCCUCUCUGGCACAAACCAAGUACCUAUACAGGGGUAAUGCAGCUUUGAAGAUUCCGUUUUUUGAGCUCCUGCGAAAGCAUGGGUUGAUAGAAGAGGUUCAACCAUGGUACUCACCGGUGAUGCCAAAACCAGCCAACCAGAACACCACAAGUAAGGCGUUUUGGGAUAUUCCCAUCUAUUCAGAGCACAAGGAAGUUAGAGCAAAUUGGAUCAACGCGCGACUUGUCAGCCAUGAGAGGAAAGAAGUCUGCACAUUUGAAUUGAGCUGCGCAAGGACUGAGAGUAGAGCCAAGAAAGAUGAGGAAAAGACACUUAAGUAUAGGCCCAUGAUGUGGGAGCAGAAGCAGAGAUACAAUGGUUAAAGGGUUGAACAGUACAACGUAAUAAUUGAAGUACUGGGUGGUUACUAUAAAAACACCUAGAGAAGUCGGUGAGGAAGCUACUAGAAGAGAGAGCACGGGGCAUACUUGAGAGGAUGCAGAAGUCGGUCAUCUGUUUGAUAUUAUUCUAAAUAGGCUUUUAGUAGAGAUAACCACAUUAUGGUGGCCUCGUGUAGGUUUAUAAGAGAAAAUGAGAGUAAAAACUGAAUAAUUUUCUAAAUAGGCUUCUAGUAGAGAUAAUUAUAUCAUCAUACCUUAGCGUAGGUUUUACAAGGUAUAAGAAUUUACUAAUAUUCUAAAUUGGCUUUUUAAGUAGAUAGAUUCAUAUCAUUAUGUAUUUAGGAUUGCCUUAAGUUUCGUACCGAACUUUUUCUACUUCUAAGUAGAGUAAGUGGUGUAGGUUACGUUAUGCGCCCUAUACUACUCAUAAUGUGGACAGCAUUCCAAACUUUUAUACUGCGAGAUAAUAAUAAUAAUUGGUUCCUUUUUUCUUUCAUUAGGUUCUUAUUCAAGAAACAGGAAAUAGACGACUUCUAGGAGUGGGUGUUGUUGAAAGGAGGUAUGGAAAUCAUGCCAUGCCGGGUUGGUUCAAGGGAACCGUGGGAUAUCACAUUGAUGAUGGACGAAUAUUUGAUGGAAACCCUAAAAAAGGAGUACAAUGUGAAGGCAAGUGUUUAAUUCAUUAUUCCAUGAAUAGCGACGCAGUGAAAGUAUAUCAUGUAGAGGUUCACUAAGGGGAGACUUGUAUAUUGUUCCAGUGUGCGGACAGAAUUUUAUUGAAAAGCCUUUCAAUAGACGCCAUUAGUUUUUUAAUAUUUUCCUUUUUAAUAGUCCUUUGUCUACUCUCUUACUUCUCGUGGUGACAGGUUUACUGAUUAGACUUCCUGUGCCUAUAUUGACUUGCCCGCUUCCAUCCUAGUGCCACUUUAAGUCAUUCUCGUCGCCAGAGCCACUUGGCGUAAUUUGUAAUGGACGAGAGUCAAGACCAAGUGACCAAAAGAAAUGACGGGAUCUGGGAACGAGAGUACUCGUUACUUGUUUUGCAUGCGCAGUUAGACGUUAUCGGUUAUCGCUCCCUUGGGUUCGUAUGGUGGCCGGCUAGCGGGCGAUAACAGGUAUGAAAAGAGCCUAUGCCACGCACCACAGCAAAGAUUUCCCUCUUCAAGUUAGUAUACUGCGACUCUGCGUCGGCUAAGGCCGUUUGCUACGAAACACAAUUGACGUCUUGAGUUGCAGUAGAGACGCUCCGUAACCCUUUGUCGAGGCAUCCACCCGGAGGAUGAUUUUUUUGGCUGGAUCAUAGUAAGCCAGCUUUAUGGCAUUUCUAAUUGCAAGCAUCGAAACAUCGUUGAUUUGAUGAUGUCUAUUUCAAAACAAUUGUUUCUUUAACCAACUCCCUUAGUAAGGCUUUCAAGGCACCAAGACUGGAGAUAAACGCGCCUUUUACGUAGCUAACCCGAGGAAUGUUUGCAGCUUCUAUGUAUUGGUAAGAGGUGUCAUCUUCUGAAGGGCUUAAUCUUAAUCACAGUCCGGCUGCACCAGAUUGAGCAGCAAAAGCUAAUCGUGCUUUCUCUUGAUGAAACUAAUUAUUAUCAUUUCGCGCAUGUAGAUUUUCUUCUUUUGAGCUGCCGUAGACAACAGUAUCAUCGAACAGGCCUUAUCAUACCUUUCCAGCCUUCGUAGGUCUGGUCAAUUUUAGCUUGAAACACAAUCUAUGACAUUUUAAAACCAAAGGGCAUCCGAAAGAAUCAGUAAAUACCAAAUGGUGAGUUGAAGAUGGUUAUGCAGCUCGGCUCUUCAUCUAACUCGGCAUUUCAAAAUCUGCAUUCGGCAUGGACAUCUGGCAGACUUGGAGAUAAUCGUGCAGAGUUAGAGUCAAGUGAUGAUCUCUUGGGAAAGUCUUGUUAGGGUCCUUUGGGUCAAAUCUCUCAGCUUGUCACUCGGUUUUCUGCUGUACACCAAGCUGUUGAUCCAUGAAAUGGGUUCGCCUCGUUUCUUGACUUAACAAUUAUACCUUCUACACCGUGCUACCUUGCCCCUGUUUUAUAUCUUCACACGGGCUCAGCAAUACGCGUUGUUGGGAGUGGAAAAAGGAGGGUACUGAAGUGUCUACUGCAAUAUUGUUCUGGGCCUGACAUUUUCUAAUUCUAUUAUAAGGCAAUCAGGAAAUCUGUGAAUUUGAGUGCAAGCUUUUAGUGAGGGUAUGUCUCCUAUGGCUUGACCAGAGAGGGUAUGGCUAACUCAGGGAUGUUGUAGGGUUUGUUAAAUUCCUCUCCACAGUUUAGGUUUGGUUCACAAGCGGUUGGAAAACCAACGAGGGCUGGACAUACUGCUUCAGUGAGGUCAGGAAGAAGGUUGCUCGCGACAGAUUUUCGGCAAAGGAAUUCACCUGUGAUUUAAAGUUUCUUAGCGGUUUAAUUCGUAAUCAAUCCCCUUAAGAAAGCCAAAGGGUCUAUAUCUAAUGCAACUAGAGGAAAAUUCACUGCGUCAAGCGGCUUUCGGCCUGUCAAACCAAAUUGGCGGGAAAGUCGAACUCGGAGAACAACGGAACUAAAGCUCUUCCGAGGGUGCGAGAAUUAGCAAAUAGUGAUCUGCUAAUGGAAGUUAUUGACUGGGAAAACUGCAAUUUGGUAGAGCGACUGGCUCGCUGCCGGCACUCGUUGCUACUCCAUGUCCCACGGUACGAAAGGGUGGACAAGAACUGAGACUUCUCUGUAAUGUUGCAACUUUAGAGUAGAGUAAACCUAGUAGAUAGUACUUCACACUGAAUAAGCUUGUUGGUAAAUCUCGCAGGUAAUCGAUUUACAACAGUUUAAGCACCACUUUUAUACAGUCUAUAGUAAACACAGGUGUUCGAUUAUCACAAAGAAACACAAAAACCUGUUCAAAAUACACGUGCUAGCUGGUCUACGCGUUACAAUUCGAUUGGUUAGAAGCCUUUUCCUUUAUGGUGAAAUACUUUCUAUUUCGGUUCCUGAAUCUUUAGAAAAAACACAUGUUGUAGAUCAACCUGAAUGAAUUGAGCGCAACAGUUGUUCCUCUGAAAUGUUAAAUAUAAUAGUUCUUGUUUAACAAAGAGACACGUACAGAAGUACUCGUGUUCUAUUGAAUUUACAUGUCAGGUGUUCCAAUAUUUGUACACAUGUCACUGCCUGCUAUUUUGCAUUUGACUAAUACACUUAUUUCAGCUGCUGAGUUUCAGAAAGAUACAAAAGAGUUAAAAUUUAGACAUGCUGAGUAGUGCAGAAUUUCUACAAUAACGCUCUGAUGAAACUGAGUUCCGUUCUAAAAAUAACAUUGAAUAUCGGCUGUGACACUAAAGAACACCCCUCAGCACAAACAGAGAAUAGUAAGCCUAUGCUUUUAGAUAGAUAGACAGAUAAGUUUUUUAGAUAGAUACGUUUUGUAAUGAGGGUUUCACUUGAUAUCCACCGAUACAUACGCGUGGUCCUCAACCAAAAAUUAAGCAUGGAAAUGAAACAAACAUUAAGUAGUGAAUAAAUAUACAAAAUCAAGAAAGUCCUACUUACAAAAAAUAGUUACAAAUAUUAUGGUCAUGAAAGGUACGUUUUACGUUUCCGCGAAAAUGUAUUCAUCGACUGGUCCUCUUUGAUGUCUUUUCAGGAGUUCGUUCCAGCUCCUAGCUACUGCAAACCUGAAAGCAUUUUUGGCCAUACUAGUCCUAACCUUUGGUAGCAUCAAAUUGUGCUUUGCGUUUCUCGUGCCUGCAUUAUGAAUGUCACUAGACAUUGUGUUGUGAAGUAUUUUGAAAGUUAUUUUUUGAAGACGGAUUUACCUUGUCUUUUAAGUUUAAAUACUUCAAUACUUUAAUACUUCAAUAAACAUAGCUCUUAUGUAAUUAACUACAAUAAACUGUCGAAAUUUCUUUGCAGAUGCUAUGGCGUACAGGGGGGACUUGAUAAGCUGUACAGUCAAGUUUGAUUUGGCAGAGAAUGGAAAAGUUCCCAUCGUUUUUUACUUAAAUGGAAGACAGAUCGAUCAGAACAAUAUAUCGAUGAAGUACACUGGAAGAGAGAAACUGUAUCCCUAUAUUGGCAUGGGACAGAAAGGAAUUAGAGUGCUGGCAAAGGUGAGA